AUGGAAACUAACUACAACACAGCAGAAACCGACCCAUGGUGACUGCUCCCCAUUUUAAAAUAUGCUCCACAAUUGUGGACUUGAGUUACUUUGAGAACAUCUUCCUCUGUUGCACAUUGUUCACUAAGAAUUUGUUUUGUAUUUUCUACAGUUGUGAGUCAAGGAAGAAUUUUAUUAUAAUAGAUGAAAGAGUGGAAAGUACUGACAAAACCAGCAGAGGCAUGUAUCAGGUGAGAUUGAUAGAUACAUUCUAUGUUAUCCAAGCAGCGUACGUUCUACUAGGAGAAUUAUACCAGUGAUAAUAAUUAGUCAGAAGAGUUUAUAUGGCAUUUUAUUUCUAUUUUCUAUUUUUUACUUAAAGAUUUUAUCAGGACUAAUAGAGAAAUUAAACAGUCACCAGGUAUAGUUAUGUAAUUGUAUACUAGAAAAAGUGACAAUAAAAAAGGAAUUGUCAAGGAUGCAUUGAUUUUAAAUUGAAAUCCAAUAGAAGUUUUUGAUUUAAAACAAAAAAGGUUGCGGGAUAGAGCUUCUAUAUUAGUAUUGUGCACAGAAAGAAAAUAAGGUUCAUCCAAAUCAUUUUGUCAGAAAAUAAAAACUUUAUUGAGCAGAACCAAGUUGGGCCCAUGUUUUGGUUCCAUCUGUUCGAAUGUAAUUUGCAUAUUUUCAUUCCAAACUAAAUUUGGACAACCACUUUCAUUUUUAACUGAAGGGCAUUAAAAAUGGUAGUCCUGGCACAGCUAGUCCUGAAAUCAUGUUUGCAUGUUUCUUUUUGCCCCCAUUCCCCUGAGGGUUAGUUUAACAAAUAAAAGCUGAUAGGGUCCAUUUGAACCACCUCGUACCCCAACCCACCAUGCUAUGGGUACAUGCAUGUCUUCUAAACAGCGAGGAGACAGCAUCUGCUUGCUGUCAUAAAAGACUAGCGAUUAGGUAGCUAUUAUUAAUACAAUAAAAGCUACAAAUAAAUAACAUAGUGAGCGGGGCAUUGUGUCCCCUAGUGCUACCUAGGUGGAGGCUAUAGAGAAAUAAUAAAGAGGGGGCUCCAGCACGACAUAUGAAAUUGACAGAGCAGGACAAAUUAAAUUCUAAAAUGAACACACUCCAAUUAAGGAAAUUAAAAAAAUAAUUAACUAAAAAAGGAAUAUUCUCACUUUACUGAAAACCCUGUAAGUUGCCUAUCAUGCUUGAAUAUCAGUCUAACAUGUUCAACAUUUUAUUUUCUUGAUAGAUAUAAACGCAAUUGAAUAAAAAGUGACCUGCCAAUUUGUUAGGUUCUGUCUCAUGCAUUGAAUUGCAAAACCCACUUAUUUCACUGAGUAUGGCAUCAUAUGAUGAUUCACUGGGACAGGGAAAGGACAUAGAACUCCAGAAGCGAUCUAUCAAAAUUCAAGCAUAUGUCAUACUUGGGACGAAUAAUAUGAUAUGACUGAAGAUUUGGUAGCAGCAUUUUAAAACCAUUGUCAAUUUUGUUAGCUUAAUACCUUCGGGUGACAUUCAAUGAUUGAGACUCAACUAUUUCUACUUUGUUGGGAUGGUAGGAUUCUAUCCUGACCGUUCAUUUGAUUUAAUCUUUCCUAUUAAACUCUGAAUAACUGUGCCAGUGACAGUGAGUAUAUGUGAAAAUCAAAUGAAUGUCCUGUCUUGGGGUUUUUCAGCUUAACGACAUGAGGAGUUUCAUGAUGACCCCUGAUGAGAAGUUGGAACGUCACCUCAAUUGGAGGUUUCAGCAUGUAGACAGUUGGCAACUUCCUCAGGAGACAAGCAGGACAAAAGAAUCUGACCAUAGCAAAUACCAACAGGUACGAAAUUAGAUUCUUCAGCUACAUUAUAUUUGCAACUAAGAUAUAUCCUUUAGACAGCAGUUUCAACAAAGUUCUUGAACCUUGACAAUCUGUUAUUUUUGAUAAGGGUUGUGGCUUGGAUGCUGGUUGAAAAAUAUCAAAGAGGGGUCAGAUGCUCUCUUGAUGGAAUGUUACUAGAAAUAGUCUACAUGUGGGUAAGGAGAUGCAGGGACUGGUACCUGCCUGCAAAGUUCAUUGUGAUAUAAUGUUUCUGAAGAACUCUCUGCAUUCACUUCUUAUAUUAGAGGACGAUUUGUUUCUGUUCCCCAGCUGUGCUGAGCACAGACAUCUGUCUCUGAGUGAAUAAUCACACUCUAAAGAUUCUCCUGCCUCUGGGCUAUUUUGGGAUUUGGGAAUCCAAGCAAUGAAAUCUUCUUCAUCGGUUUCACAAUGAUCAUAACAUUUAUGUGUGUUAACUUUCAGGGCAGUGGAGCACUGGGAGUCAUAAAACUCAAUGCCCUUGAGCACUAUAGCGAAAGGACAGCAGCUCUCUGAUUAUUUGGAAGGCUUAUUUGCACACACUUGUGGGGUGUUGUUUUUUUCGCCAAUCAUUAUUAAUAUUCUUAUUGACAUCAUUAUUUAGUAUUCUAAUAGUCAAUUUGAAGAAGUUUACUAUAAAAAUGUAAUAAAUUGCCCUUAAUCCACUUCAAGAGAUACAGAUCAACAAAUAGGAAGUUGGAAACAAACAGCUGUAUUUGGACCCACCUUAGGGGGGAAUGGGUGCUACUUUCUAGAUUUCGAGUAUAUUGCUUACUCCUCACAAAUGUACAAGGGGGUUAAAAAUGGCAAUAUCUGGUAUAGCUGUAGAGUGAUAUGCUGGAAUAUGAAGAAUAUUGGAGCAUCACAGACCCGUCACAUGUGAGAAAUAAAUAAAACCUUUACCAGGUGGUUUUCUGACAAACUACCACAAACUUGCUUCUAAACCAUGACACAAACUUUCUUAUGCAGUUACCUGGCCACAUGGCAAAUGUUACAACAGACUACCCACUAACACAUUUUAUAUAUAUAUAUAUAUAUAUAUUAUAUUACAUUAUAUAUUAAAUGUGUUAGUGGGUAGUACAGCCAUCUUUAAAGACACCAAUAUAGCUUUAAUGCAUUUGAUUUGGUUUUUAGCUUCAUUAAUAUGCUGUAUUUUUUUGCAUGCUCAAAUCUUUAUAGUUUUGCAUAAAAUAAAUGUUUUGCAGAAUGCUGCACCAUAAGCCUGCCUCUUUAGCCACACCCCCUGACUCCAGAUAAACACUUCCUUAUCAAAAAUGUAUGAACACAACUCAGUCACUGCCAGUACUGAAUGAUUUGAACAACAACACAACAUGAAUUAAAAGGAGAGGACAGUAAGGGAGACAUAUAAUAAGGAUAUCACUAGCUGUUUGUAGUUUCUCUCACUGUAUAUAUAUUUAUUAAUAAGUAUUUACUAAUAAGUAGAUAUGAUAGAUUGUUAGAUGAAAGGCACCUUGAUUGAAGACACACAUCGAUAUUUUAAGUUGUUCACUUCCGGGUUCACGUUCUGUUGAAACCCCCAUAUACACUAGUUUAUUAAUUCUGACAUCAAUUGUUCAAUAUUGGUCAGACUUUAUUAACACAUUAGUUUGUUUUUUAUUAGCUUUGGAACAGGAUAUACGUUCAUAGGAGUCACUGUUACGUGGUUUGUGUAUACGUUACCAAGGUGAUGGGCACGUUGUACUUUGACAUCAGAGAGGGGGAGGAGUCUAACGACAUGCAUGUGUAUUGGGGAGCAGAACACGCUAGUGUACAGGUGAAGGUGGUUAGGUAAGUUAGUCUUUCUUAUUUAAGUUUAAUGUUUUAUGCCUUGUAUUUUAUGUCCUGAGGAAAGUUCACAAUUGUGGACUGAAACGUCGACUAUUUGACAAGUUGGAUUAAAAGUUUUUACUUUUGACAUUGAAGUCCUCGAGUGCUAGCCUUCUAUCUGGAUGUUAUGUUUUUGUGCAGCUGAGCACCAGGCUGAUAUUGAAAGGAGAGCUGGAGUGCAAAACUCCCAACGAACUGUAUAUAUAUUUAUACAUAAUUAUAUUUUUGUGCAGAUAUAAAUAUUUGACCAUGCAAAAAAACAGUAUAUUAAUGAGACCAAAAUCUAUCAAAUGCAUUAAAGUUGAAUUGGUGCCUGGAGUGUCCAUUUAAGUUGGACUUUGAGAAGCGCUCAUUGAGCACAGAAACUUGAGAAAUCAUGUUUCCACAAAUAUCCCAGAGUUCCCUGUUUGACAUGCAAAUGAGAACAGACACACAUUAUGUUUUUUUUUGGCAUUAUAUAUAUUUCUUUGGAGUUAGAACAUGUGGCCCACAGAUUAAACUAAAAUUGAUUCAAAGAUAAGCUUAACGUAACAGCUUCCUAGCAACAUUACCACUGCAAUAAGUUGUACUAGCUAUGGUGGUUGGAGUGACCCUGUAGUGCAUGGCCUGUAAUAUACAUUUUCUAUAACCAGCAACUCUUAAAGGCUGCUACUGCAGCAAUUUCCACUUCUUUAACCAAACCGUAGACCUUAUUUGGAGAUGAAAGAGUUAACUUUAGAAGCUUAUAAUUCCAAUUAAUCCCUUACUUUCCAUAUCCUUUAUUCUCCAAGCUUUAAAUACCAGGGUACGGACCGUACAUUGGCGCUAAUUUCAACAUCCUUAUUUUAUAUUAAACAGAAAGGUCAGAUGAAUGAAGACAUAGACCUCAGGAGAGGAAAUAUUUAAUAAAAAUCAAGCAGGGGGUUCAGAUGUGAUUAUGCAAUAACAGCAAAACUUGAUUAGCCGCAGAAUAUUGAAAUUGAGACAAAAUUGCUUCCAGUGCUAUCACUACUACUUGUUCCCAUCAUACACCUGGGGUUGUAAUGUUAAAGAGUGCCAUCUGCUGACUGUAAUCCAUUGGUUUAUGUUCUAGGUCAGUGCCUCCAACACUGGUUGGUUGAGAAGUGUCAGAGAUUAUCAUGUCUUCUCUGUCUCUGCUCCAUAUUUGUCAGCUUCCCGAACACUGACUAGAUUUGGCACCUGCAUGCAUGUAGGCAAUGGAAACAAAAUCUCACUACUCACGUUGUAGGUUUGUGAAAAGGAAAUCAAGCUAAGAGAAAGAAUUAAAAUAUAUACAAGUAGAGGGUCCAUCACCACUUCUUUUGAUAGAAUGCAAAUCUUGUUAGGCUCUGUGUAACUGAAAGUAAUGGAAAACACUGGAAGUUUAACCUAUACUAAACAAACACAUAUUGCAUUGGCAACCUUCGGUACUCCAGAUGUUUUGGACUACACCUCCCAUGAUGCUUUGCCAGCAUUAUAGGUAUAAGAGCAUUAUAGCGGAUGAAGCCCACAACAUCUCGUCAAUGUUUCAGAUCACUUUACAGUUUGUAGUAAAAAGCACAGUGUUUGCAUCUUAAGUGUUUUUUAAAGCCUGCACAUGUGUUGUGUAUAUUUUAUACACAAUUUACAGUUUCUUUUCUUGAGCUUCACAUUUUUAAAAUCUUUUGCCACUUUUCAGUUUGAGAAUCUUAGAAUAGGGAAUUUACAGGAACCUGAGAAUCUGCACACACUAUAAUCACUCAUUCAUGUGAAUAAAACACUCAAAAAUGCCAAACGUUUUAACAUCAAACUCAGAACUCAACUCAGGCUACAGAAGACAUAAAAUCCGUAUACUGUACACACAAAACAGGAAAAAAUUGAGAAACAAAUAUAUGCAUGUAAAUCAUGAAAAAUAACUACCAACAAAAUUGCUGCUCCUUAUUGUGGCUGUUUCUUGAUUUUUGUUUGCUAUAACAUGUGCCCUCGAAUUUCUGCUAAAUUCUCGUGUUAGGAAGAUGACAUCAGAUAUCUCUUUUUUAUUCUUUCACCCCUUAAGGACCAAACUUCUGGAAUAAAAGGGAUUCAUGACAUGUCACACAUGCCAUGUGUCCUUAAGGGGUUAAAUGUCCUAAAGGUGUCUAAAAAAAUGUGCUUUCAAACAUAAACAGUGUAGCAAAGUUUCAUAUAAACAUGCUAUUUUUGUUUCCUUUGCAGGUUACAACCUGUAAUGGGAAAAGAUCAAAGCCUCUGCAUCGUGAGUAAAAACCUUCCUUUAAACAGCGUCUUGCUAUUUUCUAACUUUGAUCCUCUUUAAAUUUAAAGAGGAGCUGUGAUUUCUCAGGAUUUUUAAUAUUAUGUUUACUUAGCCCAUAUUUUUAACUAAUGUGUGUUUUUGAGGUGUAAAAAGCUGGACCAAAUGACCAAAUAUCCUGCAGGCUGAUAUUGUAGCCUGCAAAGAAAGUCUUUAGUGCACUCAGUGUACUCAGAGACUUCCCCACUCUCUGUUUACAACUUAGUGAUUAGUAAUAAUGGGUGACUGUCAUAUUGUUUAAUAAAGGUGACUUUAUUAAGUAAAAUACAUUUGGUUAAUGAGUACUAGAACAGGCUGUUUGUGUUAGCAUUUUGGUUUUGAGUAACUAUGAAUCGAGGUGAAGCCCUAUAUAUAAUUUUCCUGCAGUGAAGUCCUGUAUCAUAUCUUAUAUAGCUCAGCCUGGCGUAGGGAUAGGUUAUGGGGAAGACAACACUAAUUUAGGAGUAGCAUAAUCGUAAUUUUAUGUCAAGACACAGAGGCUCAUAUUGCUUAACCCUUUCUUUACUGUCCACCAAUAGCAGCAAAGAAUACAACAGUAAGAAAAAAAUGGUAACCAUAGUGAUAGGCCACACCCAUACCAAGUCCCAGUAUAAUAGUCAGCACAUCCCCACACAUUUCCUCUUUCUUUGCUGCUCCGACCAAAGAUAAGUACAUGACAAAAUUUCUCUCAUACUAUACUACUAUUCUCUUAUUGAUUUCUGGUUAUUUAUAUAAUUUAUUUAUUGUUAUUUGAACUUCUAUUACUCCUUUUGUUGAUAAUUCCUGUCUGCUUUCAUUUAUCCAGUUAUUAUGGAUUGUUUUUCUGUGUUUUAUUACAUGCUUGUUUUAUACUAUAUAUUAUGUUGGUUACCUUUGAGUCCAGGGUUCCAGACUUUCCCUAUGUUUUAUUCUGUGUGUUAUCCAUGCUCACUUGCUUCUUCUGAUCACUUACUUAUCUCAUUAUAUCUUUCCUCACUACCCUUUGGCUCCAUUUUCUCCUUCUCUCUGUUUAUUUGGCGCCAUUUUAAGCCUUUUUUCCAUCCUGUUCGGCUGUUUUCGUGAAAGAAUUUUAACCAGUUCGGUAAAUUCUUCAUGAACACAUGCCGUUCGUUUGUUUUUUCUAACACUUAACUUCAUUCAUCUGUUUUGCCGCGUUCAGCUUUUUUUCAUUCGAACGUUCAGUGCAUUCGCCUGUUUCCUUUUCAUUACUUUCAUCUAUUUAUCCCAUUGAAUUUGUCUCUUUUUUGCCGAACAUUCAGCUCUUUAACUUGACGAAUUGACUGUAUUUUGGCCGCGAAUCUCGCGAGAUUGCCGGCGGCCAUUUCCUGACUUCCUGUCUCUCUGACGUAUUAUCUUCCUAUCUUACUGUAAGCUAACAUCUACCUCAUGUUUCUUCCAAUAUGUGUGUAGGGGCAGACUCCAUCAUUUUUUCCACACCUGGUCAACCAUCACCUCAGAUGUCUGGGUUCUGACCACAGUUCAGGGGUUUCACAUCGAACUGGUCGACAAUCCAUGUCACGUUCCCCCGCCUCGCCCUAUUUUGCAUUCUACAACUGACCGCGCCUUGAUAGACGCAGAACUAACGGCCCUCCACGCAAAAAGGGUGAUAGAGCUGGCCCCGGUGUCCUCCACAGAGGUGAUCAGCAAUAUUUUCAUAGUGGAAAAGAAAGGCGGACAAAUGCGCCCAGUUAUCAACCUCCGUGCCCUAAACACCCUGGUGCAUUAUCGUCACUUCAAAAUGGAGGGCAUCCACCUCCUGCGAGACUUACUCCUUCAGGGAGACUGGAUGGCAAAGUUGGACUUGAAGGAUGCCUACCUAACGGACCCAGUGGCCGAGUCUUCCAGGGACCUGUUACGUUUCCUCUGGAAAGGAGACACCUGGCGCUUCACGUGCCUCCCCUUCGGACUGAUGCGCCCAGCCAUGGGUUGGCUGCGCAGUCGGGGAGUCCGGCUAAUCAUCUAUUUGGACGACAUCCUCGUCAUGGCACAGGAUCGUUCAGACCUUCGGAAACAUCUUCAAUGGACAAUGGACCUCCUCUCCCACCUGGGUUUUCUCCUCAACUGGGAAAAAUCCUGCCUGUCUCCUUCACUUUGCAUGGACUUACUAGGCUUCACGGUAGAUUCCGAAGCGGAGUCACUAAGCCUCCCUGCCUCCAAGAUACGGACAAUCCUCAAGGAGCUGCGCCGCGCUUUAACACGUGCCCAGCUAUCUCUACACGAUCUGGCACGGAUCAUUGGCCUUCUGGCAGCAUCAAUCCAAGUGGUGUUCCCAGCCCCACUCCAUUACUGUGCCCUCCAGCGCCUGAAGAUCGCACACCUUCGCAGGGGGGCGUCCUAUGCGGACAUGAUCUCCCUGGACUCGGAGACUUGAGACAAAUUGACCUGGUGGAUCCACAACCUCUCGGCUUGGAAUGGCAAGGCCAUCUUCGGCUCUCAACCAGAGUUCACGGUGAACUCAGACGCCAGUCUCCACAGCUGGGAUGCCCAUUGCAACGGUCGGCAGACGAAUCCAACCUCCACGUCAAAGCUCUGGAACUCCUAGCAGGUUCAUUCACGAUCAGGAGUUUUGUGAACGGGACUGCCAGCUUAUGCAUCUGCCUGCGCAUGGACAACAUCUCAGCGGUCCGCCAAGUCAACCACAUGGGUGGCACUCAAUCUGCAAUCCUGGCCCGCUUGGCGAAGGACUUCUGGGCUUAUUGCUUGAACAGGAACCUCAUGGUCCAGGCAGAAUUCCUUCCCGGGCUCCACAACACUCACGCGGACUGGAGUUCACGCUAUUUAUCGGACAACAGCGAUUGGAGAUUGGAUGUGGGAGUAUUCUCUGCUAUAUCGUCCAUAAGGGGUCCUUUUGCCAUCGACCUCUUCGCGUCCAGGCUCAAUACCCAACUACCCCGGUUCUACAGCUGGCGCCCGGAUCCAACCGCGGAGGCAGUGGACGCCUUCCUACAAGACUGGACUGGCUCACUCCUCUACAAAUUCCCUCCAUUUUCCAUGAUACCUCGGGUCCUGCUCCAAGUUUGCCGCCAAAUGGCCGACCUGAUCCUACUAACCCCAUUCUGGGGGACCCAAUCCUGGUUCCCACAACUCCUGGAACUGGCGGUAGAUGUGCCCAGACUGCUGCUGUCACAACUGAACCUCCUCCUGGACACAUCGGGCCUCCAGCAUCCCUUCCUGGCAGACGGAUCGUUACUACUGCUCGCGUGGAGGAUUUCGGGAAUCCCUGGGAAAUCGAACGGGUUUCGGAUGCAACUCAAUGCCUCCUGGCUGACACAUGGGCUCCCAGGACUAGACGAGGAUAUGGGACUGCUUGGAGAGCUUGGACUGGCUGGUGCCUGGCUCGGAACUUGGAUCCCGUUUCAGCAUCUGUGACUGCAAUCCUCCUAUUCCUGACUUCGUUGUUUGAAGCUGGUCUGGCAUAUUGCACGAUUAAUUCAUACAGAUCGGCCAUCUCCUCGGCUCACCAAGGAUUUGACGGCUGCCCAGCAGGCCAACAUCCAUUAGUGUGCCGCUUACUUAGGGGCUCACGCUUGUCGCGCCCCCCUAGACCUCGUUACUCAUCUACAUGGGACGUCUCCUGCGUUUUGUUGCUGUUCUCCUCCUGGCCGCCUAAUGCAGAGCUCUCCCUGCGACAGCUGUCAGCCAAGUUGGUCUCCCUGUUCUGUCUCAUUUCACGCAUUCUCAUAUCGGAUGUUCGUGCCCUGGACUAUAAUGCUAGGUCUUUCACUCCGGACGGGAUGACGUUUAACAUCUCCAGACGCACCAAGACCGCUAUUCGAUUGUUUUCUUAUCCAAGCUUCCCUGGUACUCCAGCCCUGUGUCCGGUGGCCUGCCUAUGGGAAUAUGAACUUCGAACGAGCGCACAUCGAGCUACGUCGUCUCCCCAGCUGUUUCUCUCACUUCGUCGCCCCUUCUCCCCUGUGUCCAGUACUACAUUGGUUCGCUGGGUGAAAUGGGUGAUGUCUCUGGCCGGCGUGGAUAUGUCCAUCUUUGGUGCCCACUCAGCCCGAGGGGCAUCGGCCACGUCCAUGGUGAAUUCAGGUGCACGUCUGGAAGACCUGAUGAGAAUGGCCGACUGGUCCCGCAAAUCCACUUUUCGUGAGUUUUACUUUCGACCUUUGCCUCACCUUUUUUCUUCAGUUAUUGAUCAGCUUUAAACUUGCAAUAUGAGCCUCCGUGUCUUGACAUAAAAUUACAUGAUUUUGCUAUUUCAUGACGAAAAGUCAUGAUUUUAUGAAAGACAUGGAGGUGAGUUUUGUCCCACCCUUCAUAGUUAUUUUACUGAUUUAUCCCACCCGGUUGGUUAUUCUCUCCUGCAGGCCCUGGUAUUCAUUAUGCGCUCUGGGUUUUGUAUAGUUUCAACCGUUUAUUAACCUGUUCAUGUUACGUGAUUAUUCGAAAUGCCGAUGACGAAUUAUGCACACUGUGUUGCUUCUGUCUAGUUAUAAAAGUAUGUCUUGGCAUGCGCACUUUGGUUCAAGUACCGAUUUAACCGUCGGCUCCUGUCUUUUGUGUUUUCACAGGUUGAUUCAAUGUUGAUCAAGGGUCUUCAGCACUUCUCUCUCGGCUUCACCAAGUGGCCAGGAAGUUUAUGGACAGUGCUGUGAUGGGCCCCUCACUGUUUGAAUCUUGUUUACUGAUGGAUCGGUCCCAGUUUCGUUAUGGUUCCUGAUCAGAGUCCGGCUGGAUUUCGGGUCACCUGUUCUAUUUGGUUUGGACUGUUUCAUCGUUCCUGUUUUGUUGUUAUUGUCUCGCAUCACCAAAGAAAGAGGAAAUGUGUGGGGAUGUGCUGACUAUUAUACUGGGACUUGGUAUGGGUGUGGCCUAUCACUAUGGUUACCAUUUUUUCUUACUGUUGUAUUCUUUGCUGCUACUGGUGGACAGUAAAGAAAAGGUUAAGCAAUACUCGCCUCUUUCAUAAAAUCACGACUUUUCGUCAUGAAAUAGCAAAAUCAUGUAAUUAUUGUCGAUAAGGAACACCCUGAAAGUAUUUCAGCUAGUAGACUUAAAGGCACAACCUAUAUGACAGAUGUUUAAGGAAUAAAGUGCCUUGAAUGACUGAAUUGCGUUACUUUUUUCAUGGUACCAAUGACUGCAUUUCCUUAGAAGAAACUAUCAGUAAGCACAUGAAUUAAGUUUGUAAUGUGCACUGCCUGCCCGAUCACACCAUAAUGACAUAUGAUAGGUUUAAGUUCUCUAUUAUGAGCAAAAUCGCUUCCCAUUGCAUCUUCGAAAGAAGGUGAAGGAGAAAGUAUCUCUCUUGAUAAACACCAUCGAUCAAGCAAUGCUGGGAUUUACACUAGACUUUAAAAUACAAUGUCACCCAUAGCUCAUUCUUCCAAGUUUAAUAUAUAUUACUUACAGUCACCAUCACAAGUGAUCCGUCACAGUGAGUUAUUUGAAAUGAACAUUCUACUUGUAUCAUAGUCUUUAAUAAAAAAAAAACUAUCAGGAAGAGAUUUUAUUGCAUAUAUAUAUAUAUAUGCUGUGAAGCAUGCAGUACUUUUAAGAAAAAAAUGUUCUUUUUGUUUUGUAUUGUUUAUAGCAUAUCUCUGUUUACACUUAUCUACUCAUUAAUCUUGAGCCCUGUCUUACCUUUUUUUUCUGCUAAACCCUAAAUUUAAUGGCCUUGCUUCUGUACACCUUUUACGCAAAGCUCAAUGAAGCAAUGGAUACUCAUAUAUAACACUAGAUAUCUUCCAGACAAUGUUGUGUUUUUGGAAUUAGGGAUUGAUCGUUUAAACAACAAGUUGUCAGCUAAGUUUAGGAGGAAACUGAAACUACAUUCCAAUAUGAAUCAAAUUUAUUAUUUGGUAAGAGCCAAGGUAAAAAAGAAAAAAAAAAAACUUUUCUUCACUUUUUAUUUUUUUUUAUUUUAAAUGUAAUCACCUUGGGUUCUUUAAUAAACUAUUUAAGACUAUUUAACCUUGGACUCACUUAAUGUCAACUUCUUUAAAGUCAGAAGUCAUAAUAGACUGAGAAAAUUCUCCAAGUUGGCUAUUGACUAACAAUGAAGAAGUUGUAAGUUGGUAAUAUUGAAUAAUGGAAAUGUUUCACUUUGAUAUUAGCCUCCAGCACUCAUAAUUACGGUGAGACAGUCCAGAUUUCAAAGUCCUGUCCCAAAUAUAGUGUAACAAAAAAGCAUCAUUAGACACACUUGCAGAGUACUAAGACUGCAGAGAGUACUGAAACAGACCUACACAUACAGACAUUAUUUUAAAAUUCUUGUAGUAUUUUUUAGAACACUGCAUUCCUAGAAAGGCCUUCAAACUAUGCUUUUAUUUAUCGUUGUCACACCUUCAGUAUGCGACAACAAUUGUAUUUUUAGCCUAUCUUACUAUGCUUACUAUGCAUCUGAGUGUGCAUUUCAGUAAAUGUAAUAAAUUUUAAGUUUUUUUAUUACAAAAAACUGUUUGGUAGGGUCAGGGAAAGAGUUAAAAAGGAACUAUCAUUUUUUGUUUCCCAAUAUCCAUUUGUCUACCUACCUUGUCACUCCACCAUUUCCUGAAUAUUCUUUCCACCUGUCUCUUUUGCACUUGUAAUCCACCUGCACCUUUAAUAGAUUUCCAGAUCACUUCUCUCUUUCAAUAAGCUUGUUUUUUUUUUUGUUUUUUUAUCUGCCCCCAGAUGUCCCUCUUAGGCUACCUGUAAUCUCUCUUUUAUAAUUCAUUAAUUCCUAUAUGUUUAUGUCAUCUCCCUAUUGUCUGGUUUCUACCCAUUUUGGCCCCUUCUUCUGUCCUUUAAACUAAAAACUAAUAAAAGUUUAAAUCAUAUGUGACUUUCUGUUAAAUAAAAAAAUAAUAAUAAAGCAUAUAAUAGCUACUUUUCUGUGCUUAUAAAAUACUUUUAUCGCACAUUAAAUGUUACCUCCUUCAUUCAGAGAAGAAGACAUCCUUGACGGAACAAGUCGAAGAAGCCUGGACGCUUGUAACUCCUGUACCCCAUGUAAGAACCUCUCAAAUGCUUAAAAUCAUUUUAAUAUCAGUUCAUAACCUUUACAUGGGAAUGGUUUAAUUGCUGGCCUUGUUGAAGUAAAGACCAGAACAUUAAACAUGCUUAAAAUUAGCAGGCAGACAAUGUUAAUUUAUUCCAUUAGAAUCCCUACCUAACAUUAAAUCUAAUCAUUAUACAAUACAUUUUGACAAAUUUGUAGUCAUGUUCCUGAGUGGUGUAGUGUGUUUUAUUGAAUGGAGAUUAUUGUAAUACACCUGAUGUUUUUCGUGACUUGGAAAAUGAACAUGCAAAUAGCUUUCUCUGGCCUCGCCAUUCUCCUGUACUCCUGAUGGAGCCUGACAAAUUGGAGAUCCCACAGUGACUGCCAAGUAAUCAGACUGUGACAAAUGCCUUACUACCAGCAAUUUGUUUUCAUUUUAAGGAAAUUCUCUGCCACCACAGUUGUUAUCUUAACAAAGCAGUCACGAUUAAUUUUUUCCUUCAUUACGUCAAAUAUACCUGCUUGAAUCACAGCUCGUCUGACUAUUGUUAAUAUUAAUGUCUCCUUAUGGUUAGAAGUAGCAUCCUGUCUCAUGCUUAGUAACCUUUUGUAUAAGUGUUAGAUAGUAAUGCAUUACGUUAGUUCUUUGUGUCUACAAAGAGAGGAGGACAUGACUGGUUGAGUGCUGAUCAGUUGUCCAAAUACUUUAAUAUUAAUAAGCUGUGCUCCUUAAACCUUGUGUUUCUUGGUAUAAAGUGGAGUGUCUAGGGUUUUAUUUAGUGGUUUAAUUCAAUAGAUAAAAUCAUAAUUUCAACCCUACUUUUUUCAGACUACUUUCUAUAUUUUUGAGGAUGCAUAUAGCAUUGCUAAGACUGUUUCCAAAAUGUUCUGCCUAGCAGGCAUCCAUGCAUUGUCAUGGAAGGAUACUGACACUGUCCUCUCGUGGUUCUCCUCCUAUCUCUCCCAAUGUUCGUUUAGUGUCUCCUUUUGCAACAACACCUCCUCCCCUGUCUCGGUUGGAGUCCCCAUAGUCUCUGUUUUUGGUCCCCUUCUAUUCUCUCUUUAUACUGCCUCUCUUGGCAAACUCAUUAACUCCUUUGGACUUCACUACCAUCUGUAUGCCGACGACACCCAUAUAUAUCUCUCCUCUCCUGAUCUCUCCCCCAUGGUCCUGCAACUGGUCACUGCUUGCCUUUCUUCAAUUUCUGAUUGGAUGUCUUCCCACUUUCUGAAAAUCAAUUUCUCCUAAACUGAGCUUCUUAUUUCCCCCCUCAUAAUGCUGAUCCUUAUCCUUCGCUUUCCCUGCAAGGUGAUAGUGCUUGCAUCAGUCCAUCCAUGCAAGCUCGUUGUCUUCGUGUUAUCUUUGAUCCUGGCCUCACCUUUGCGCUACAUAUCCAGUAUGUUGCUAAAACCUGUUGAUUCCACCUUAAAAAUAUCACCCGCGUCCGCCCCUUUCUCAUGCAAAGUGUUCAUGCUCUGGUAAUCUCUCACAUGGAUUACUGUAAUUCUCUCCUAGUUGGUCUCCCCAAAAGCCAAACUGCCCCACUACAAUUGGCAAUGAAUGCUGCCGCCAGGCUGAUCUUUCUCACCCGUCGUUCCUCCCAUACAUCGCCCCUCUGUCGAUCCUUACACUGGCUUCCUGGAUCAUAUAGGUGUCAAUUCAAAAUACUAACCCUUACCUAUAAAGCUCUUACCAACUCUAGCCCCUCUUACAUUUCUUCCCUGAUUCAUAGGUAUGCCCCUUCUCGGUCUCUCCGCCCUGCCAGUGACCUUCUCCUGUCUGCUGCUCGCACCCUUACUGCUAACUUGCACUUGCAGGACUUCUCACGGUCACCUCCCUUCUUUUGGAACAAACUGCCUACCCCCAUCAGACUUUCCCCUAGUCUUUUUUAAGAAGUCCCUCAAAACACAUCUGUUCAGAAAUGCUUAUGGACUCCCAGAGUAAUGUAUGUAUACGUUUCUAAAUCUAUCUCUUGCUCUCCUAAAGAGCCACACUCCACUCUCACCUCUAGUUCUGCUACUUUUUUUCUCCUUGUUUGGUGGCUGUCACCCUUGCUGUCCUGUUGUGUAUUUGUACCCCACCUCAUCUAGACUGUAAGCUCAUUUGAGCAGGGUCAUCAUCUACCUAUUGUUCCUGCGUCACUAUAUAAUGGUCUCAUUUAUUCUAAAUUUCCCCCCCCUUUCAUAAUAUUGUAAAGCGCUGCGGAAUUAGUUGGUGAUAUAUAAAUACCAAUAAUAUUAAUAAUAAUAAUACCUAUAAUCAUUUAUUUAUUAAAACUAUCUAUCUUAGGUAUUGCUCUGGCAGCAUACAUUGUGGGAACUGGAGCUGAAAGUUUUGAUAGGGCCAUGUACAUAAGUAUAUUAAAGUGAAGGUCCAUUCCACAACAUUCACAUGUUACGUGGAGAUCUCACCAAAAGACAGAACCUUUACAAAUUACAACAUUGGUAUCUCCAAUGUGCAAUUGGGAAAGGCAGCACACUUCAGAUAGUUCACCGCAGAACUACUGUUUAGUCCACUCUGCAGACUCAAAUCUGGACCACUGCUGCACAUAUGGCACCAUUUACAAAGUAUGAAGUCUCCACUAAAAUAAAAUAGAAAAUAAACAAAAGUACAGGAAAAUGGCAGCAAAUGGAGGCAGAGAAUGCAGAAAUGUCCUGACAUUGUGCUAUGAUUGUUGGGGACAGUUCCAGGGUGUCCCCAAAAGCGAGACACGGGAGAACUAAGACAGGACGGUGGAACAGGACCCAAAAUCAGAGCUGUUCCACUGAAUUAGGACGGUUAGGAACUAUGUAUCAAUUGUUCCCAUUAAAAAAAAAGGUGGUUUCACCAGUUUUACUUCAUGUAUUAAGAACGUUUAGUACCCUUAUGCCCAUUUAAUCAUAUGAAUAAAACAACAGUCACAUUUCCAUUGUAUGCACAUGUUAUAAAGACAGGUGAAUGCUUAAGAUUGCUUUUACUAUAAUUUAUUCUAAGUUCAUAAAACCAAUCUGAUAUAUGCUGCCGUUUCAGGAGGAGCGUGAUGUCCCCUUUCCCAUCUUUAUGGGAUCAUACUUCUACAGGUGUGUAAAUGUAAACAGAGCACAUGACUGGUCUAACAACAAAUCUCCAAACAUCAUCUCUGUCAAUUUCACAGUGACUUGCUGCUGGAAAUGGUUUUCAUUGGUGGGUUCUGCUUUCUCUGCCUAAUGACAGCCAUACAGCUGCUUAUCAAUAAAUUAUACUUUAUUACCUUUUGCUACUAUACCAAAUAUAUCUCUAUUACAGCCAAUUUCAAUGACUUCCUAUAAUUUGAUCUCAAGCACCCUUCAUAAGUCUGGUCGUAAAACUAACUUUGGUUGAGCUCAAUCAUCAGCAAGUAUAGUUUGUCUUUGAUGGAGUUUAUUAAUCAUACUUGGAGGUGUACUUUAAGGUUUCUGCUUCCUAAUAAUGAAAUGCUGAUGAGCAGGAGAUAUAUGGCCACUAGAAAGAUGACAGACAGGCUCUACAGCUAUAAAUGUAUCUACAUUAAAAUUACUGAUUGAUUGCAUGAUCACUUUUGUAAUAUAGAUAACACAGAAAUAUUAAACAGCCAUGGAUAUAACGGAGAUUCAAGAGGGGAAAUAUGUAUUUUUUUAAAUUUGGAAUGCCACCUAAAGCCUGCAUGUCAUAUUUCAGUGUACACUGACCCAAAUGGCCCAGUCUUUGUAAAUAAUAGCGAAGUGUUCUUUAGAGAUUUGAAUGUUUGCUCCUAGUACGCUAUUCCAGUUUUUCUUCUCUUUUGCACAGAUGUAUUUAACGUGUUUCCAUGGUUGUAGCCCUUUUAUUGCCACCAUGUUUCUGCACCUUGCUCCAGGCUGCCUAGGUGUCCUGGUCCUGCUAAUGCUUUACUCUACCAAGUCUUUAUAUUCACUGUUUUUUCUGGAUAGAUUAACUUGUUCCCAACUUUCAACUGGUCUCCAGUAUUCAAACUUACAUCAAGAUUUUCGCAGAACUUAUUCCACUUGCAGAUUUGAAUAAAUGGGUUCCCUGCUUAAGUUUUUGGUCAUUGCCUGACUAUAGGGGUCCUGCUAGAGUCCAAAUUGGUCCAGCAAUAACAUGAGAAAAUCCAUUUGAGCCCAAAUGGGAGCCUAUGUUUUUUAAAAGUGGCUUUUACAUUUUACAUUCAAAAUGAGAACUGUAAGCAUAGUCAAGCUCCAGGAUCCACCAAGAUGGUAAUAGACAGUAUGAAGCUUCCUAGUAGUUACAUUAUAUAAACAUAUUAUUCAUUCAUAUUUCGGUUCACAUGAUAAAUCUAUGUGACAUAGUGUGAGACAUAUUUGAGUACCAAAUAUAUGUGGAUCCUUGCAUAAUUCCCUAAUAACCUGAUCACUCAACCACUUAAUCACCCCUCCCUGUGUGGACCAGCAUGGCACAUAGCUCCACUGUCUCUCCACUGGCAUCCCCUGGUGCAGAACCUGUUCUCUAUCGGAGACUACAUUGAUAAGUGCAACUUAUCAGCAGGAAGCUGCCCAAUACAUACAAAUGGAGUUGGACUCUAGGACAGGUGUGCUCCUAGGUGAACCUAGUAAGCAAUUGCUGUCUGUUCUGGAAAACAGUUGCUGGCACUGGAACAGACAAUACCUGUAAUAUGUAAAGGAGUUUGGGCAAUAUCAUAAUUUUUUAUGUGCUAAUCCUGCCUAACCAGGACAAAGUGAUAUGCUUUCAGGAGUGUAAAUCGGAUUUGGCCUUAUUGAUCAGAACACUUGUAUUUAUAAGCAUCUUAGAAGAUCUUGGACUUAUUUAUUAGCAUAAUUGAAUUUAUAAAGAUCUGGAAGGCACCAAGGGAUGUGUACCAUACUUUUAUUAUGAGGUCCACUCUCCAGUCAUAGGUGUUUAUGACUUUUAGCAAGGCUAGGGCUGAGGGGCUAUCCCUCAGAAAAAUUUGCCGUUUUAGUAAAACAUUUUUAUUUAUAAAGGAAACCCUUGAUAUGUCCGGGUGUUGACUAAGGGCUAUGGCUAAAGGCUCCAGAGGUAAUACGAACAAUAUGUGCCAUUGAAGAUCGGUAAGGAAGAGGGCGUGAAGCCUGAAUAGUAAACUUGGGCAGAGGGUUUCAAAGUUAAGGACCAUUAGAAUGCGGUUAAUAUCUGGUAUGAAGCCAAAUGCCUCUAAGGUCAUCGUCAUGUAUUUAUAGUUUAACCGUUAAAGGCUUUCUCUGCAUCUAAAGACAUGAACAAACAGGAAGUGCUAGAAGUAUGGAUCAUAAGGAACAUCCUGGUGUUAUCCAAGCCCUGUCUCAUCCUGACAAGCCCUGUUUCAUCUGAGUGGUUAAUAUGCUUGCGACUUGAUUAUAGGUUGUCCAAUACCUUCUGAAAUAAUAUAAGCACUUUAAGGGCUUGUAGAUGUUGGUCUAUAAUUUUAGGGAUCUAAAGUGAGUUGAGGAAUCUUGCAAUUUCUGGGGGAGACAAAUGCCUUACACCUUCAGGUUAUUUAACAUAGAAUAAAAUGUUGCAAGACAGAAGCAAUGUAAACAGUAUUGAAGAUUUCUUUGUCUUGUUUGUCAAACAGGUAGGCAAUCUUGAAUGAGCAUUGCUUUCUUUUAAGCUGUCUAGCUAGAAAAGCCAUGUUAACUUCUAAAUAAAGUAAAAGUCAACAUUUAAAGCAUCUAAGAAUGUAGCCUGUCUGUGGGCAUAGUGAGAAUCCAGUACGUUUUGGAGUCUGCAAAUGGCAGCAAGGUUUGCUGGAGAGGGUAAAUGCUGGUUUUGAUAGUUCAGUUAUUUUAACAGAUUUUGUAAAAGAUCUUCUUUUUGUUGAGUUUUGUUAAUAUGUUUAAGAAAAAACCCUAAUACCUGCCUUGUAAGCAAGCCAGACUGAACUGAUAUGUGUGGGGGUUGUCAUUAGCCUGGAAAUAGUCAGCUAAUUCAUUUUGCACACUCUCCACUAUCUUGGAGUUCAUUGAACUUCCAUGUGCCUGAACCUUUAGAGAAAAAACUCUCAGUCAACUUUAGUAUUAUGGUCAGACCGUGUAAUGGUACCGAUACAGGUGGAGAGAAACCUUUGCAGAUGCAAACGUGAGACAGAGAAUUUAUUGAUUUGUGCGUUUGAAUUAUGAACUUGAGAGUGGAAUGUAAACUGUCCUCCCCUGGAUGUUGUACUUUCCAUGCAUCAUAGAGCUUGUUCGUUAGAAACAGGUUGGCUGCCUUGGGCUCCCUCCCUGUUGUGGUAGAAUCAUAAUGAGGAUCCAUAAGAAACUUACAGUCUCCAUCGAUAGUGAUGUCUACACAUCCUGCUAAUCAAAUUAGUCCAAAAGGUCAUUACAUUUACAGGACAUCAGCUCUGGCAGCAGCAGCUUCAGCCAAUGUCAUUCUCGCUAAGUGAAAAAAACAUUAUAACCAUUGUAAGUAAAUAAUGAGUGGUUAAGAUAAGAUGUAUAGAUUCACUUCACAUCUUAAUUUCCACACGUAUUUGAAGGCUCAGGUAAUCUAUCUCCUCUGCCUAGCAGGAUGCCAAUGGUACACCUGUACCGGACAAGCUCUACAAGGCCAACCCACAAACUAAAGUAAAAAAAAAAAAAAACAGAAAGAACCACAGAAUGUAAAUUGAACAAAAAAACAACUGCAAGGAAAUAUUAAACAUCAUUAAAUGUUUGUGAGACUUCAGUGUAGAAUGGUCACCACAAGGGAGGUCCAACAAAGGGAAACUCCACCAUAGUGAUUGCCUCCUCAAGCGAGACUAUAAUGGGAGCUAACGUCCUCAAAACAGAACGCGAUGAAAGAAUAUACCAUUUGAAAUGAGGUGUAGAAAAGUCGUAAGUAUAUUCUUGUUCACAGGGUUAAGGCUUCGGUCAACAGGUCUCUCAGACCACAGGCAUCCAGCAAAUUUCUGCAAAUAUUUCAUAUGAGUCCCUGACUCCUUUCAGACCCACUGUGUGUUAUUUUGGACCUUAGGUGAUUCUUUGUUGGAGACAAGUACAAUAUGUAUGUCCCUUUGAGCCAGAAGACACAGGCCAUCCUCCAUCAUUAAUAUCACAUGUAAAGUUCCAUUGCAUUGCAUGAGAAGCUUUGUUGCAAAUUCCCACCAAAAAGCAACAUUUGCCCCUUGCAUGGCCUUCACGAUGGCCUGAAAUUCUCUCCUCUUGGUCAAUGUUGUUAGGAAGAGAUCUGUGAACAAGAGGAUCCCUCUAUAAGGUGCAGUGAGGUAUCAGAUCUUUCCACUUUCAUGAGCUUCUCCUUGACUGUGAAGUACAUCCCUACAGUCACAUCACAUGGCACUGAGUUAGCCAGUUGCCUGGGGCUUGGCAAUCUGUAUAGAAGUAAUCUCUAGAAACUAGAAGUACAUCUCGCUUAUCAGCAGUGGGCUGAAAUGCUUGGAAAAGUGAACUAUAAUUAUCUACCAUUUCCUCAAUGCUUCUCAGGCAAAUGUUAUUCCUCCUGGAGCAAUCCCCCAGCUCCAUUAGUUUGCAUUCCAUUGCUGUCAGUCUCGCCUCUAAAGCAGUGGUGUAUCCUGGUUUUGUGCUGCCCUAGGCAGGACAAAACUCAGGUGCCUUCCCCCCCCCCCCCGUGCCAGCCCCACCCAACCCUUCCCCCCGCCCCUUCUAAAUACACACACACACAUUCACUGACAGAUACGCAUACACACGCUAACAGACACACACACACUCACUAACAGACACACACACACUCUAACAGACACACACUCACUCUAACAGACACACACACACUCUAACAGACACACACACUAACAGACACACACACACUAACAGACACACACACUAACAGACACACACACACUGACACACACACUAACAGACACACACACACAGUCAGACACACACACACUAACAGACGCAAACUGUCAGACACACACACUAACAGACACAAACUGUCAGACACACACACACACACACACUAACAGACACACACACACACUGACAGACACACACAGUCAGACACACACAUACACACUAACAGACACACACAGUCAGACACACACUAGCAGACACACUCACACAGUCAGACACACACACACACACACUAAUAAACACACACACACUCACAUUAACACAUUUUUUUUAAUCCCCCCCCCCCCUUACUUUUGGGAAUGCUUGGGGGGGGUUCUCUAUCUCCCUGGUGGUCCAGUGGCUGCAGGUGGCGCUGGGCGGGCGGCUGGCAAGGGAGCUCUUCCUCUGAGUUGUCCGCUCCGCUCCCUCGCGCGCCGCAGAGUGAGGCUGGGAGCCGGAAGAGGGAGCCAGCUGCCCGCCCAGCGCCGCCCGCCUGCUCGGCAUGUCUGUUAGCCACAAGGCUAACAAGGCAUUUGCCCUGGGCAUUUGGGGGCGGCGUUUUUUGCCGCCCCCUGAAAAAUGCCGCCCCUGCUCUAAAGUCAAUGUUUGUCAGUCAUCAAGUUAUGGGCAGACACAAGCUCUUCUAAUUUACCUUCCAACUGGGAAGUUCUUUCCCCCAGGCCUCUCCUCAGGUAUUCUGACAACUUGUUUAUGCUGUGCUGGAGGGAGGUUUUUAGUCUAUCAAGCAGUGUUUGGAUUGUAACCUCUGAGAAGUCAGUGUGUGCCACUGCUUAAAUGUGACACCGUUGAAAUGGCGGUGAUGUUGCUGCCAGCUGAGCUGGACUUUGGCAAGGCAGACCUGCCGUCACCAUCUUGGACCUGAUGUGCACAGGUAGAUGCUGUGAUGUGGAGGCCAGUGCUGCUGGGUUUUGGCUUCUUGGAUUCCCGAGAUCUCAUUUGGAUGGUCUCCCCUUUCACGUACCAUGUGGGAAGACUUAGGGUGCAGAGUGGCUUAUUUUUAACACUUUUGAAAAUGUUUGAGCAGGAGCCUGUUUCGAACACGUUCUGCUACAUCAACUUCUGGUCAUGCCCCCAUGGGAGCCUAUGUUUAAAUAAUUUAAAAUAGGAUCAUAGGAUGUGUUAUCAGAAAAUCUAGCUCUGCAUCAACAUCAUUUACUGGGGGAUAUUCAGAAGGACAUAAACUAACAACUCUGCUUGCUUUGCUACCACUAGAAGACAUAAGCAAACAAUAUAACAUAAGAUAAAAUUGUUGUGCAGGUGACAUACUACUUUAUCUUUUCUUUGCACCAGGAAAUAAGGAUCCAGCAUUUCUAAUCAACAGAUGCUUAGCAUAUCUCCUGGAGUAGUUGAUGAAUGUUAGUUGGUUGAAGGUGAACCCUGACAAAUGUAACAUCCUGUUGAUUAGAGGACACAUCAAGACUUUCUAAUAAUCAGACAAUAGUCUUAAAAUUCAGACAUUGAAACUAAGUUAAAAUCAGGUGCAAAACCUUGCGAUUCUGAUAAAAUGUGCUUCAUAUCAUCUGAAAAAUGCAGCAGUAUUAGAAUUUUAAUCCGAGAUUUGGGUGUUAUCCAUGAAUAAAUAUGUUGUAAGCACUCCAAUGAUGAAACGUGUGAAGUGGUUAAUUUACAAAAAAGAACAUUUUUAAACAAAGUAAUGUAAAAAUGAAUCUUCCUCAGCAGCUGCAGUAGCUGCUGAGGAAACAUCCAGGGGAGCUGAUAAGUUCUGUUAGGUGGUCUGUCACGGUACCUUCUGGCACUUACCUGCUCCAAUGUGCCCAGGGCCUCUUGGGAGGGGUCCCCAUGCGCUGCUACUCUAACGGUUUUCCCGCUGUCUUGAUCUGGCAUCCUCCAUCAGCGCUGGGCUCUGUGAUGGUGCCACAACGACCAGAUGGCUAGAGUCCGUUAGUAAAUAUUGGUGGUGCUAGAGGAACAGGUGGGAGGAGCUCUGAGGCAACCAAUAUGGCAUUGGUUCCCAGGUCCUCUUUUAUUGCCACUGGGGGCUCAGAUUAUAUGGAGGUGGAGCUGGACACAUGAUUUGUUCUCCCUAUAAAUUCUUGACCUCGCUCCUUUGCUGCCAGUCCUGACCAUUGGAACACCUGACACUGCUUCCUGCCUGCUCCUUUCUGGUUUCGCCGCUUCCUUUGUAAAUAAAAGCACCCAUGCCCUCAUACAUUUCCCAGGUUCCCAUAUCACUCUUAUGCACCCAUGUGAGUCGUGUUUGCAAGGGUUGUCAUUCCACUGCAACUGAGUUCCUCUCCAUGCAAAUUAACUGGUAUGUUGUCAUAUCUGCCUUAGUCAAUAGGUCCUAAGGUAUCUUCAACAUAUCUGCCUGUUUUGUGCUUUUUGGAAAACUUUUUUUUGUAAUUUAAAUUUAUUGAAGAAGAGGCUUCUUGCAAACUACCCACUGUAUGUUUUAUCAUGGAAGUGCAUUUACAAUAUUUUUUUCACAAAAAGCUGGACCUUAAGGUAAUUUGGGUUUUUGCACCCUGUGCCGUGUAAUCGGCUGCUCUAUAUAUUGCGGAAGCGGCAAAAUGUGUUUGUUUGUGUGUGCUAUCACCUGCCUCACUAGAGUGUAUAGUACUUCAAAGGUCUUCACUGUCUUCACAGGAAAGUACAGCUUCUUUUUUUUCUCCCUACUAGUGGGUGCUGGUCAUCUAAAAAGGCAACAGGAAACUGUAGCAUUAGGAAUACACUAUAGCAUUAGAAAUGCACAUUUGUAUUCUUAACGUUUAAGCUCCUGAAUUGAACCAGGAUAAUCUACUUAGCCUAACGAUUACAGCAGCACUGAACUGGGAAAAUAAUUUGCCCCUGGCAUUUUUUUACUUACAGCAGCUCAGUGAGAGGGGUGGGACCAGAGAGGGGGUGUAUUGUGUCAUCAUCAAUGACAAGUACGUUCCUCCAAAGUAAGCAUUUUGCUUCAAUGAUCUUUAUUUAUUUAUAAAAUAUUUUACCAGGAUGGAUACAUUGCGAUUUCUCUAGUUUUCAAGUAUGUCCAUGCGCAGAGCCCAGCUGAACAGUUCUCACAUGAGAAAAAGGCCCUUUGCUUGUCCGAGAAGCGUGUGUAUAUGGGGGAUAGCGGGUGUAUAGGGGAUGCAAUGAGUGUUUUCACAGUGGCUGUAGUUUAUAUAAAGGAUGUAGUUUAUGUCAGGAAUGUAGUGUGAGUGUAGGUGAUGCAGUGUGUGUCUGUAGAAGAUCUAUUUUUUUCCUUAUUGGAUGAGUGUGUAUAAGACAUGUAGUGUUUAUUAUUGUAUUGUGCAUGGGGGGUUGAGAUGGCUGAGUACCCUCCUGUUACAAGCUCCAACGUUGUGCUAUGUCAGAGCUUUGCUGAAAGUCAGGACAAGACAGCUCUGAUGAAGCACACUGUGGGAGCUCAUGGGUGGAAUGCUCUUCAUGCAAGUUAGAACUUUCCGAGUCCACUCUCUUCAGUAAAGUGCCCGUGCAGACACACAUCAAGGCCAGCACUUGGAUUUCGCCAGCCAUGCAUGGGUCCGGCAGUAGAAAACAUUUGAUCUACUCUGUUGACCUCAGUCCAUGACUAUCGUGGCCCACUGGACAUUUGCCUAGUUUGCCUGCAUUACAGAAUGAUUUCCUUAGAGUGUUCCUUUGGGAUAGAAUUGAUAACUUUUAAAACUAUAAACAAUUAGUCACCUAACAGUUUUUUUUGCCCUGUAUCAGCCUACUCAUUCUAACCAAUUCAAGUCUAUCACUUGCUCAGAAUUAACACAAAUUCUUCUGCAUUUAAGGCAUGGUAUUUCCAUACCUCAUCUCCUGCAUUUAGUCAGAUAGGUCACGUCACUUGAGGCAUUUAAAAGAACACUUAAAAAGAAGGCUCAUAUUUUUCCUUAGGCAUUUUAGCUCACAUCUGUCUGUCGAUGCUUCUUUUGCAGUGCUGGAUUAAAAGCCUCCUAGGACUGAUACUGACAGAUAUGAUGGGUGAUACUUUGGCCAAAGAAAUAGCAUUGAUAAUCAAUUUGUCUAUAUGUAUAUCUGUAAAAUGCUUUAAGGCCCACAAAGAGAAAAAUGCUGUAAAAUUAUUAUUAUUAUUAUUAAUAUUAAAAUAACUUUUCACGCAUCAAUUUUGAUGCUCAUGGUAAAAUACAAUACCUGGGUUAAAGUGACAUUGAACGUUAUUUAAACUUUUUUAGCUUUAACGCAAGUACCCAGUGAAAAAUAAAAUUCAUAUCCUGGGCAAAUAAAAUCUAAGUACUUUGAGCAUUCUGUAGAUGAAAGAAUUUCUGUUUUGUACCAUUUCAAAAUCUGCCUCUAAAACAGCAUGACUGUGCAAAGAAGGGAAGCCAUACAGAACAGUGUACACCUGGCCGUUUCACUGGGAGAAAGUGUGCUUGAAGCAUAUUAAAUUUAUUCUAUUAGAAACAGAAGGGUCGAAAUUAACUCUUUACUCUUUUUUGUCUCCAAAGUGGUUGUUUAAAAGAGAUUUAAGCUGUUGUUGUUAUUAUUAGACAUUUAUUGUUGUAAUUACUAGCUGGUAGAUAUGUGCAGGCCAAAAAAUACAGACUAUUUUCUAACCUCGUCCCCAAGCCCAUAUUUUGUAGCUUUGGCAUACUGCUAAUACGCCCACCCCUACAGAUGCUUGGCGUUCACCAAUUAGCAACUUGCAUAUAAAAACAGCAAACAGCUUGCUUUCUAAGUUGUCACCAUGGAAACUAGACAACACAGUAGACUCACCCUGUACAUGCACAUAUCACCUGUGAUUGACAUUAGCGUAUUUAAUGCACAGAGAUGGUGGUAGUGGAUGGGGUUUGACAUAGAAAAAUCUUUGUUUUGUGGUGGUUGAUUUAACAAUUCAGAUUUGUAAGUCAAUAUUACCUAUGUUUACACAUGACUGCUGACCCAUACCAGUCCCCCCAACCGUUGCACCCCAAUAAAACACAUAUGACACAUUAUUAUAGUGGAUAAGGGCAAUGGCCACAGCUUUAUUUAACAUAACCAGUUUUAAAACGCUGUCCAACUCUGUCAGCUGUUGGGUGGUUGCCCAACAGACAGUUCUCCCAGAUUGUGUUCCAUGAGUCUUAACAGCCGGCUACUCGCCAUCAACUCCGUGCAGGCUGUCAUCUCCCCAAAGUGCCUUUUCCAGCUGCAUUGUCCAGGAAAUCGGGCAUCGCCCCGCUUACAGUGCAGCCUCAAUCCCUGAUUAAAAAUGUCCAAACCUAUGGGGGACAAAUGAACCCCAUUCUGUCGCAUCACGUUGUCAUUCACCCACUGCAGCUCAAAGUGCCUAACCACUAUGCCACCCAAGUGGCAUUCAAACCAGGAAAUAGUAAUGUUGACUUAACGCCCAUAGCGCUCCAAAUACUUUCCAUACCCGCCACUAUGCCAAACCGGACGUGGAACAAUCUUGGACCAGACGAGGGUCAGAUCCUUAAACAACACAAAACAGCGGGCCAGGUCCCAAUUCAAAACCCGUCCCAAGUCAAACCCCGAACACCCCUCCAACGUACCUGGGCCUCAUUGUACGAAAACCAUAAGUUACGGCCAUAUUGUCUAUUCUCGACCCGCCUAGCUGCCCAAUAAAUGAACGAGUGUCCCACGAUCCAUACAAAGCGAGGAGCCACACCUAAAACUAUAACAGAACAUAUAACCAUGCACUAGCUGAGCCGCUGACCUACAGCAAGUGGGGGCGCACGUAGAGUUGAAAGCGUCCAGACUGCAGCGCCCCAAACAUUUAAGCGCCUCUGCAUGGAGCCCAUCAAACCCGCCUGCGUGGCAGCCCCUAUUCUAAAGGAGUGAGUAGUGUAACAGCCCGGGGACAACCCAAUCCCCACCACGCAAGACCGAAGUACUCAAGCAAAUUGAAAACGACUGAGGGACGACCUAUCCUGAUGACGUAACAAGGAACCAACCACUAACCCUCGGACCCCAAGGAACUCUCGUAGUAACCGCACCAGACAGAAUGGACUGCCUGUCGCACUCACCCGAACUCGAUCACCUGUUCCUCCCUGAUCAGUCUUGGACCUACGAAUGAUCAACAUCAUGUCACUCACGGUAACCUUGACAUCCAACAGUAGCAUGGCAGUCGUAGCCCGAGUACUGGGCGCCACUAGCUCCACUAUUCGGAGAGCCCCAAAGAAACAGAGGGCGAACACGGCCCAAAACAGACAAACCUCACAGUCCGAGGAACAAACCUGGGGCAAAAAUUCUAAGAGUCUGCACAAGAUCCCAUAGGAAAUAGGAUGCCGAGAGUCAGGCCUAUGGCCUUUCUUCCAGCCCUUCAUGACCAGCGAGAGGCAAAGCGCCUUGGUAACAUCCAGCCACCCGCACCACUGAAACAGAAAUGAUGGGCCGCCAAAUGUCUUUCAACCACAACGGCCAACUUACCACAGCGCAAAGCGAAUCCAAUAAGGCCAGCGUUGCUGCCACCCUACCUGUGUCUUAGGAAGUGUCCCUGGUAGCACCGAACUCCCUCUAGCUCCACCAUACGACCGAAUACGACCUCAAUGAUGACUCCGACAAUGACACCCUCACUAACCGACUCAAAUGUCGGAAACCAGGUCCCAUACACCUGCCGAUCACGAGGUUCCAGUCCGCGCCAACUCCAGAGCCACCACUCGAAACCGGUCCCACUGAAACCGAGAAAGAGAGUCGGCUAUAACAUUUAGCUCCCCAGGCACAUGAUGUGCAACUAGCCACAAAUUAUGCAAUAAACUAAGCAAAACCAAAUGCCUGAGGAGUACCAACACUGGAUGGGACGCAGACGUGGAGCGGUUGAUCACAUGAACCACACUCAUAUUGUCCGUGUGAACAACCACCUUCCGAUUAGCCAACUCUCCACCCCACAGCUCAACUGCCACUACUAUGGGGAAUAGUUCCAAGAAGGUUAAUUUGCCCAACAAAUCCAUCUCCUGCCACUGGUGAGGCCACGUCUCCGCGCACCAGUGCCCCUGAAAGUAGGCACCGAAGCCCACGGAGCUGGAUGCAUCGGUGUAUAACUCCAAAUCCCUGUUGGACACUGCCGGACAAAGCCAGCAGGAUUGCCCGUUAUACAUACCCAAAAAGGAACUCCACACCUGGAGAUCCUCCCGAUGCCGCCGAUUGAUCCGAAUAAAGUGGAAAGGCUGCUUAACCCCGACCGUCGACAAGGACAAACGCCGACUAAACGCCUUGCCCAUCGAUAAAACCCGACAGGCAAAAUUCAGAUGCCCCAACAAUACCUACAACUGCCGGAUCUGAACUUUCUUAGCACCCUUUACUUAGUCCACAAACCGGAGCAAGUGACUCAGUUUAUCCUCUGGCAACCGAAAAAAACAUGAUCAGGGUAUCCACUUCAAUCCCCAAAUAAGACAGAACCCCUACCGGCCCCACUGUCUUCUCUUCCGCUACCGGGACUCCAAAGUCCGAAGAGACCUCAUGAAAGGAAUCCAGCAGCACCGCGCAGUCAUCCGACACCUGCAGGCCCACAAACAGAAAAUCAUCCAGAUAGUGAGUAAGAGACGACAGGCCCGAUACCCGAGAAACCACCAAUUCAAGAAACGAUGCAAACUUUUCAAAAUAGGAACAAGAAAUAGCACAACUCAUUGGCAAACACAUAUCGAAGAAGAAGGAACCUUGAAAUCGACAACCCAACAAGUGAAAGCAGUCAGGGUGGACCGGGAGUAGCCGAAAGGUGGACUUGAUGUCCGACUUGGCCAGCUGAGCACCCAUCCCAGCCUCCCGCACCAACUCUAAUGCCCGAUCAAAGGAGACGUAUCGGACACGCGAUACCUCCUUAUCAAUGUCAUCAUUCACUGACCCGCCCGAUGGGUAGGACAGGUGAUGAAUGAGACAAAAAGACCCCGGGUCCUUCAUGGGCACCAAUCUCAGGGGAGAGACCCAUAAAUUGUAAAAUGGCAACGAGUCAAACGGACCGGCCAUCCUACCCAACCGAACUUCCUUCCUAAGUUUAUCCUCCAAAAUCGCUUUCUUGCCCAUCACCAAAUGCAGAUUGUCAGCCAACGACGGGGAAUCCCACCAUUGUUGCCGCCGCCAUCUUGGGCCAGUGCACCGCCGAUUUCACCAGCCCGAGUCCACCGUCUCCCAGGUACAGAUGGCCGCUCAGGGUGCGUGGCCGGGCCGCCACCUCGCCUCCCCUCGCUGUGCCGCACCGGGCUGGGAGAUCGGAGGCCUCGAUCUCUUGGUCCUCCAGGAACAUCAGUCCAACCAGUCAUCUUUCCCUCAGCUGGGCCAACGGUCCUCACGCCUGACACAAGCUCAUCCGGGGUACCCUGGCCGUGCACCUCCAGGUAGGAUUGCUGGAGCCUCUGCAAUACAGUUUCUGGGGAAAUCGGAGUAGCCAUGACAGGGGUAGUGGGCAGAGUAAAUAGUACCAGGGAAGGGGUCACUAAGGAGAACUACAGUUUGUUAUACUUGUAUUACAGGGGACAGUCAGCCAGGAAAACAGUCAGGUGCCCUCAACUGAUCCUGCCCACUGGUAAGUCCCAUCCUUCUCCCUUUUCUUAAGAACCCCAACUUUGAUACAAAUGUUGCUUUAUUGACCCAGUCCACAAUCUUGGGCAGCAGUCAUGCUCCCCCUUCCUUAGUGUUCCAGGGGGAAACUCUCUAGUUAGAUUAAUUUCUAUUAUGUGAAUUGAUCAUUUCAAUGACAUACACUUUACUAACAUACAUGUUAUAUAAUGGUUUAUUUAUGCUUUAACCUCUCUGUCUGGCCUUUUACUUUCUUUUUAUUGAUGAUUAAUAUGCUUUUAUAUGUGCUAUAGUCUUAAUAUGUAAUUACAUAUACAUAACAUAUACACUUACAAGCCACAGCAUUAAAACCACUGACACUGACAGGUGAAGUGAAUAACAUUGGUUAUAUUGUUACAAUGGCACCAGUCAAGUGGUAGGAUAUAUCAGGCAGCGAGUGAACAGUCUGUUUUUGAAUUUCAUGUGUUGGAAACAGAAAAAAAUAGGCAAGCAAAAAGAUCUGAAUGGCUUUAACAAGGGCCAAAUAGUGAUGGCUAGACGACUGGGUCAGAGCAUCUCCAUAACGGGAAGUCAUGUGGGGUGUUCCCAGUAUGCAGUGGUUAGUACCAACCAAAAGUGAGGCAAGGAAGGACAGCCGUUGAACUGGAGUUAGGGUCAUUGGCGCCCAAGGCUUAUUGAUGCAUGUGAAGCUAGCCAGUCAACCACACAGAUGAGCUACUGAAUUGCUGAAAAAUUCAAUGCUUGUCAUGACAGAAAGGUGUCAGAACACACAGUGAAUCGCAGUUUGCUGCGUAUGGGGCUCCAUAGCCGCAGACUGGUCAGGGCACCCAUGAUGACUCUGUCCAUUGAAAGUGCCUUCAACAGGGACAUGAGUGCAAGAACUGGACCAUAGAGCAAUGGAAGAAGGUUGCCUGAUCUGAUGAACCAUGCUUUCUUUCAUCGCAGGUGGAUGGCUGGGUGAUUUUUCUUUGUUCGCCUGGGCACACGAUGGCACAGGAUGCACUAUGGGAAGAAGGCAGACCAGCCAGAGCAGUGUUCUAUACAAUGUUCUGAUAGGAAACAUUGGGUCCUGGCAUUUAUAUGGAUGCUACUUUGACAUGUAGCACCUACCUAGAGAUUAUUGCAGCCCACGUGCACCACUGCUUGGCAAUGGUGUUCUCUGAUGACAGUGGCCUCAUUCAACAUGAUAAUACACCCUGUCACACUGCAAGAAGUGUUCAGGAAUGGUUUGAGGAACAUGACAAAGAAUUCAGGGUGUUGCUGUGGACUCCAAAUUCCCCAGAUCUCAGUCCGAUUGAGCCUCUGUGCACUUGUAGGACUUAUAGGAUUGGUGCCAGAUACCACAGAACAUGUUCAGAGGUCUUGUGGCGUCAAUGCCUGGAUGCAUCAGAGCUGUUGGCUGUACGUUGGGGAAUAUUUUAGGGUGCCAUACAUUAUGGGGGUGCCAUGACUGCCAUCAACCCGUGUAGGCCAGGCAGCAUUAUUUUUGAGGAGGAGGAGCGUGGAGGCGCGUAACGGCACAAAACGCCAUGCUGCUGUGACGUCGAUGUAUAUUGAGCAGCAGUAGAAGGAUCUGCUCUGCUACUAUGUGCAUCACCGUGGCAGAAGAUCCUUGAGGCCAGAGCAGCAAGCUGUGAGUGUCUGCUUGCACAUUUUGUGGUUUUGUUUUUAUUUUUAAAAUGGAUAUUACUGGCACGGGUUUUUGUGAAGAAGUGGCAGCAGGAGUUUUUGUGAAAAAGGCGGGUCAGGAGGUUUUUGUGAAUAGAGGGGAAGAGUUCUUUGUAAAAAAGUGUCAGGGAUUUCUGUGAAGAAGGGGGGGUCAGGGUUUUGUGUGAAAAAGAGGGGGGCAGAAGUUUUUGUGAAGAAGAGAGAGCAGGGUUUUUUGUGAAGAAGGUAGGGGCAGGGUUUUUUGUGAAGAAGGUAGGGGCAGGGUUUUUGUAAAGAAGGUGGGGGCAGGGUUUUUAUGAAGAAGGUUGGGGCAGGAUUUUUGUGAAGAAGGUGAGGAGAUGAUUUCUUUGUAGAGAGAAGGCAGGGGUUUUGUAGAGGGGAGCAGGGUUCUUGAAGAGGGGGUGCAGGGGUUUUGUAGAAGGGAAGUCUGGACAGGGGUUUUGUAUAAGGGGAGGUAGGGCAGGGUGCUGACUUUUUUUCUGAAGGGAGGUGCAGGGCUUUUUCUGAAGAGAGGUGGGGGUUUGUAAAGGGGGCAGGAGUAUAGUAUUCUUUAUAUAGUGUCUUUAUAGAAGGGGGGCUGGGCAGGGGUUUUUCUGAACGAGGUGCAGGAGUUUUGUAGAAGGGGGGGCUAGCCAGCAGUUUUGUAAGGGGCAGGGAUUUUGUAGAAGGGGGAACAGAGGUUUUGUAGAAGGGGGCAGGGAUUUUUGUGAAGGAGACUGGGCAAGAUUUUUCAUGAAGGGGAGGUGCAUGUUUUUUUUAGAAGUGGGCAGAGGUUUUGUACAGGUUUACAAAUCUGUGCAAUAAAUAUUCUUGAAAGGCUGUUAAAUGCUGUAGGUACAUCGCUGGUUUUAAGGUUGUGGCUGAUCAGUGUAUUAUUUACUAAAUAAUGAAUGGUGAAAUAGUGGCUGCCAUUACAAUUUUGUGUCGAUUGUCAAUUUUGUCAACUUGAAUACUAUACCUCAGUAAAUUAAGCCCCUACUUUUUCAUAUGUAUUUUAUGAAAACUACAACAUUUAUAGAUUAGCUUUGAGCUAUAUAGAAGCACAUUAGAUACAUUGAAAAAAUAUAGUUUUGAAAUUUGGUACAUUAACUGUUUGUUCUUUGCUGAUUGUGACUGGAGCCCUAUUUUCCCCAAAAAAUAUUUAUUGUAAUAACAUAAUGAGUGCAUGCAGUUCCAAUGGAUCACCAGCAAUCAUUGGUGUAUGCUCAGCCUUGCUGUAACGUAUACAGACUCCUACAGAUAGGAAAUACUAUUGUUCUGGUAUAUGCUGUGGAGAAAAUAAUAGAUGGGAUGGUAGGGUAAGACAUAUGGCUGAAGUGGGAGAAGGAUGUGUCUGGGGAGAAAAACAUAGGACUUGAUAGGUUCGAUAGAGAAGGAGAGAGAAGGGGAGAGAGAGAAGUAUGGGAAAGAUGAGAAAUAAGCGCAGAGAGAGAGAGAAAUAAGGCUAGUAACGGCAACUUUGAGACGUGACUGAAGGAAGCUGGAUACAGAGCUCUGCUCUCUCCCAGCCCAACAUUGAUCGCAUAGGGUAAGAACAAGUGGUAUAUGGAGCAUCUGGUGUGUGGGUUGAGGUGGCAUGGGGAAGGAUGAUUGUUGAGCCCGGCAUGGGGCAUGUGACACCACAAUAGAAUGUACACCAUGUGUGAUGUAUACAGUUGUCACAACUCCACGGCAACCAAACUCACCGUAAUAUAUGGUGUGAAAAAAUGGUCACAGAGCUUCACGGCAAUAAAAGCACAGUAUAGACUUAUCAGAUCGCCAUGGCUAUAAAAGCAUAGUCAGCUAUAGUAUAGACGUAUCAGAUCGCUAUGGCAAUAAAAGCAUAGUAAAUUAUAGUAUCGGUGUAUCAGAGUUCCACAGCAAUAAAAGCAUAGUAUAGACGUAUCAGAUCGCCAUGGCAAUAAAAGCAUAGUCAGCUACAGUAUAGGUGUAUCACAGUUCUAUAGCAAUAAAAGUAUAGUAUAGACGUACCAUAUCGCCAUGGCAAUAAAAGCAUAGUAAGUUAUAGUAUAGGUGUAUCAGAGUUCCACAGCAAUUAAAGCAUAUUAAGUUAAAGUAUAGGUGUAUCAAAGUUCCACAGCAAUAAAAGCAUUGUAUUUACUUAUCAGAUCACCAUGGCAAUAAAAGCAUUGUCAGCUAUAGUAUAGGUGUAUCAAAGUUCCACAGCAAUAAAAGCAUUGUACAGACAUAUCAGAUCACCACGGCAACAAAAGCAUAUUAAGUUAUAGAAUAGGUGUAUCAGAGUUCUAUAACAAUGAAAGCACAGUACAGGUGUAUUAGAUUGCCACAUCAAUACAAGCAUAGUAUGUUAUGGUGUGUAGGGUGUGUCAGUGCUCUACAGCAAUAACAUUUAUAUGAGUGUGCUAAAUGUACGAGUGAAUCAAAUUGCACUACAGCAUUAAAAAUGACUUUAUUAUAGCAUCACAGUAAUACAACUAUAAUGCACAGGAUAUAUAUAUAUAUAUAUAUAUAUAUAUAUAUAAAUAUAAAUAUAUAUAUAUAUAUAAGCACUAAACUAUUUUUUUUUCUACCUGCUACUUCUAAUAAAUCUACCACAGCAAAAUCACAAAACACAACUAUGUUGAGGUAAUUAACCUGGAGACUAAAUCUAUGGUAAAAUGUGCAUGAAAUGACUACUUUUUUGAAGGAUGCUUAUAUCUGUUUUUUUUUUAAAAAAUAUGCAUCAAUCAAUUGACAUUGUAUAAAUAAGUCUAUAUAUUGUAUAGAAUAAAUGAGAGUUCAUAUACAGUCCAAUACUGAUGAUGGUUAUAGAUGAUGAUCCAUAAUGGUGGACACAGAGUCUGAAAUGAAAAUCACGGAUCCAUAGUGCACUGUAGAAUCACCUUUAUUGCAAACACAAAAUAAUAACGUACAGAACGGAGCAGUAUAAAUCGCCUAUCAGGAGCGAUACUUGUAUCUCCCUAUUGGUGUUGGAUAUGGAUCUAUCGCCGGAACUAAUCCUGAAAUGUGAUCCAGGGGCAGUCCUCCUGUGAGAUCUACUGUGUUCCAGCUACUCCAUAGGGUAGAGGCUUUACAGUAUCAAACCUAACGCAUUUCAUGAAGGAUAGCUUCAUUUUUACAUCCAGCUAGGUGAUUUAUUAUCUUAUUCAGUAGCUUUUUUAUUGCUCCUACCAUAUUUAUCCCACCCCAGAUCUGUCCAGAAAAUAUUAUAUUGUAAUACCCAGUCCAUAUGCUCUGUUGAGGCAGUUCACUAUGAAGCUGUUUAUACAGAUGAUAUAAGACACUGAAGAAGUUUCAGUUCAUUCACAUCAUUUCUGAAUUAUUUCUGCUUUUGUUUGUAUUGAAAAUUUUGUGUUUGUCCAAAUUUCAUUAACAUCAUUAUUUUCAAAGAUGACUCUCAAACAGUAAGUGCUAGUGGUGUGCGCAGUUCUGUAACUCUCUUUGUAAUUAUAUUGUCAAAUUAUGAAUAAAUGACUUGCAUCACCACGCAUUUCACUUUUUAUAUAUUUUUUUUUUGUCUAAUUUAGUUUUUGACUAAUGAAUGAAUGACCUCAAGUUCAGAUGGAUUUGGGAUGCCAAGUCUAAUAUAAACUACAUAGAAUUAUUUUGUUAAUUACUUCUUUGUUGACAUAAUGCAUUCAUGUUGGGAUAUUUAUAUAUAUAUAUAUAUAUCAUUUUCUACAGCUAAGAUGUCAUUGCUAUACCCCCCAAAAAAUAAAACCAAUACUGUCCGAGGGAGAUCUUCAAGAUACACAGAAUGAGAUAGAAGAUUUAUUAUACCAGAAGGAGACUUUGGUAAGUUCAUUGCAUCAAGGAAUAUGUGAUCGUAAUAGCAGCAUCCCAAUUUAAAGGGCAGCAUGGCCUUGUCAUAUUAAUAUGCAAAAUAAUUCAUAUGUCACAAGUCCAUCAUUCCCCAGAAGAUGUUAUAAUUUGGGAAGAUGACAAAUUACUUUUAACAAAAGCAUUCCUCUUGAUCACUAUUCCAAAUCGCCAUCCUCAGUGCCUUAAAAUGCUAUGUUUUAAAAUAAUCAUAAAUAUAUAGAAUUCCUCACAAUCAAGCCAGCUGUUAAUUAAACAAUAUGUAUGUAUGUACGUAGAUCCUUGUUCUAGAGCAGAAAUACAGUCUCAAUGUUAUUUUGUUUUUUUAUAUGCUUAUAGGGUGAGAAAUCAAAGUGGGAACUGAACUGGAAGCUGGAUUACUAUCUGCCUGGAUACAGAGAACAAGCAUCAUUCAGACACAAACCUGGUAUGUUAACUUUGUGAUAGAUGACAUUCACCAUACAUUCCUGGAGGUAUAUAUAGUCUUCAUACUCAGGAAAAUGUUUGCCCUCUAGUAUGUAGACUUUAUAUACUACAGGAUAGAAAUUGGUUAAUGAAAUUAGUUCCUUUCUCUUCAGCACCAUAGGCAUUCUUAAAUGACCAUGAAAGACACCCAGGCCACUUCAUCUCAGUGCAGUAGUCCUUUAUUUUAAACCUUGCAGUGUAAAACAUUGCAGUUUUUUAGAAACUGCUAUGCUCACAUUGCUGGGUUAAGCACAGCUCUAAUAGCAAGUCAGCAAACUACCCAAAAGGCACAGAGAAAAAGGAUUGACAGACAUAUUACUGGAUCUUAGAAUGGCUGCAGUUAAUUCUAGGCAGAAAUAGGAAAUAUCAGCGCUAGUAUAAAACAAAUAAGCAGGCCAAAGUAAGACAGAACGCAGUUAAUGCGAACCAGGUCAGAACAUAGGGCAAGUCAAGGAUAGAGUCAGGGACGAGCCAGGUCUGGUACACAGAAACACCGGAAUAGCAACCAGGAUCAGAAUAACGUGCAUAAGGGUCUAGAGCCCACAAAGUUUAGGAGUAAGAAAGGAUUUAUAUAGGACUAGACACUUACGCCAUUAUUGCGUCAGAUUGGCGCACUGGUAUUGUUCAAGGAAGGAUGCCAACUAGUUAAGAGAAAAGAUUGCAUAAGUAUUGCAUUACUGUAGAAUGGAUGAUGACCAGAAUGACGUGUGUGCGAUGUAGUUAUCAUGGUGCUCUGCGUGGAUGAAAUGGUUUGGCCUGAAUUUGACUCAGAUGCAUCAAUUUGAGUGAGUCGUUUCCAAAUUGUUCGUACCACCGCAAUGCUUCCCCACCCACAAUCUGUCUUAUCUAACGCCAGAUUCUCUCUUAUAGCCUGGGCCCUAUACAGCAUUUCAAAAGCUACUCCAAGGACUCACAGUACCAAACCCUGCAGGAACAGCCAGAGGUAGCACUUCUGGAAAAUUGUCUUACCUAUCCUAAAAAAGCCAUCCCUGGACCCAUCUUCCCCUCCCAACUAUCGUCCCAUGUCCCUGCUUCCUUUUUCCUCAAAGCUUCUAGAAAGACUUGUCUUUACUCAUAUGACUUAGUUCCUAAAUUCCAACUCCCUCCUCGAUCCUUUUCAAUCUGACUUUUGCCCCCUCCACUCUACUGAGACUGCUCUUAUUAAAGUUAUAAAUGACCUAAUCACAGCUAAAUCCAAAGUCCACUACUCCAUACUAAUUCUUCUUUACCUCUCUGCCGCCUUUGACACUGUAGAUCAUGUCCUUCUCCAAACUCUUCAAUCCCUGGUCUGUCCUCUUGUGGUUUUUCUCCUGUCUCUCGCAACGUUCAUUCAGUGUCUCCUCUUGCAAUGACACCUCCUCCUCUUGCCCUGUCUCGGUUGGAGUCCACCAAGGAUCUGUUCUUGGUCUCCUUCUGCUUUCUCAUUAUACUGCUUCUCUUGGCAAACUCAUUAACUCCUUUGGAUUGCCGGCGACACCCAGAUAUAUUUCUCCUCCCCUGAUCUCUCCCUCACAGUCCUACAAUGUGUCACUGCUUGCCUUUCUUCAAUCUCUGAUUGAAUGUCCUCCCGCUUUCUGAAAAUCAAUCUCUCUAAAAUCGAGCCUCUUAUUUUCCCCUCACAUAGUGCCGAUUCUCCUCCUUCACUUUGCCUGCAAUGGUACUAGCAUCAGUCCAUUCUUGCAAGCCCGUUGUCUUGUCCAUCCUUGCAAGCCCGUUGUCUUGGUGUUAUCUUUGAUCCUGGCCUCACCUUUGCGCCUCAUAUGCAGUAUGUUGCUAAAACCUACCGGUUUCCACCUUAAAAACAUCGCCCGCAUCCGCCUCUUUCUCAUGCAAGAUGCUGCCAAGGAGCUUGUUGAUGCUCUGGUAAUCUCUCGCAUGGAUUACUGUAAUUCUCUCAUAGUUGGUCUCCCCAGAAGCAGAACUGCCCCACUACAAUCUGUAAUGAAUGGUGCCGCCAGACUGAUCUUUCCCACCCGUCGCUUCUCCCAUACCCCUCUGUCGAACCUUAUACUGACUUCCUGUAUCCUAUAGGUGUCAAUUCAAAAUAUUAACCCUUACCUAUAAAGCUCUAAACAACACUAGCCCCUGUUACAUUUCAGCACUGAUUCAAAGAUAUGCCCCUUCUCGGUCUCUCCGCUCUGCCAGUGAUCUUCUCCAGUCCGCUGCUAGCACCCUUACUGCUAACGUGCGCUUGCAGGACUUCUCAUGGGCAGCUCCCUUCCUUUGGAACAGCCUGCCUACCCCCAUCAGACUCUCCCCUAGUCUUCAAUUGUUUAAGAAGUGCCUCAAAGCAUAUCUAUUCAGAAAUGCUUAUGGAUUCCAAGAAUAACGUAUCUAUACUUAUCCAUAUCUGUCUCUUGCUCUCAUAAAGAGCCAUAUUCCACUCUCAUCUCCAGCUCUGCUACUUUUCCACCUUGUUUGGUGGGUGUCACCCUUGCUGCCCUGUUGUGUAUUUGUACCCCACCUCCUCUAGACUGUAAGCUCGUUUGAGCAGGGCCCUCAUCUACCAAUUGUUCCUGUGUCACUGUGUAAUUGUCUAAUUUAUUGUAAAUUCCUCCCCCCCCCCUUCAUAACAUUGUAAAGCGCUACGGAAUUAGUUGGCGCUAUGUAAAUACCAAUAAUAAUAAUACAUUUGCUAAGAGUGCCUAGUCCGUCAAUAUUGGACAUGUGCAUUACAGCAAACUAACAUGUUUUACUUGUUGUCCAUCACAAUAAAUUAAUGUGUGUCCAUGAAAACAAGUGCACACAGGCUGAAGAAACAGAGAAAAUAGAGAGAUAAGUGCCUCCCAAUCUGAUAAAAAAGUAGCAUUUAUAUAUAUAAUUUGUAAGGAUAAUAAAAAGUAGUCGUAGUUCACAUUGAUACGUUUUAUAAAUUUUUUAAUAAACAUACAAGCAGCUAUUUUGGAUUUCCAGUUAACAUCGGGAAGAUUAAAGUCGCCCAUGAGUUAUCAUCAUGGGUGACUUUAAUCUUCCUGAUGUUAACUGGAAAUCCAAAAUAGCUGCUUGUGCAAGGAGCACACAUAUUCUAAACUCCCUACUGGGAUUGUCUCUAAAACAACUCGCUGAGGAACCAACUUGUAAGGAGGCCGUACUAGAUUUAGUGUAUACAAAUGGAGAUUUGGUAUCAGAUAUUACUGUAGGUGAAAGUUUAGGAUCCAGUGAUCAUCAGUCAGUGUGGUUUAAUAUAUGAACAGUGACUGAGUCACACCCCACAAAAACAAAAGUUUUAGACUUUAGAAAAACAGACUUUUCUAAUAUUAGAAUGUGCAUAAAGGAGUCCUUGUCAGACUGGAGGAGUUUAAAUGGAGUACAGGAGAAAUGGGAUUAUUUAAAAGUUGCACUACUGAAGGCAACAGAAAAUUGCAUUAGGCUUGUAAGUAAAAGCAAAAAAAUUAACCCCUUAAGUACACAUGACGGAAAUAUUCUGUCACGAUUCCCUUUUAUUCCAGAAGUUGUGUCCUUAAGGGGUUAAGAAACCACUGUGGUACUCCGCAGAUGUGGCCAAAAUAGUAAAAAAACUAAAAGUUAGCAUUUAGUAAUUAUAAAAAAAAAACCAGAGUGAGAAAGACAGACAAAUCUAUAAGAUUAGGCAGAAAGAGGCUAAGCAAGUUAUAAGAGCCUCCAAAGCAAAAGAGAAAAUAGCACAGUCAGUAAAAAAGGGGAUAAAACAAUUUUUAGAUACAUAAAUUAGAAAAGGAAAGUAAAACAAGGAUUAGUUACAUUAAAAACAAAUGAAGGAAUGCAUGUAGAAGAGGAUAAAGGUCUAGCUGAUUGCCUCAAUUAAUAUUUUUGUUCAGUAUUUACAGAUUAAAAUUAAGGAUAUGGGCCUCAGUUAGGAAAAAGGACAAAUGAGUCCUUUGUUAUAUGUGAGUUUACAGAGGAAGAGGUUCUUUUUCAACUGUCGAAAGUAAAUACAAAUAAGUUGAUGGGGCCUAAUGCAAUACACCCAAAGUUAUUUAAAAAAGAACUUAGUGGUGUACUAGCAAAACCUUUAAAGUUAUUAUUUAACUAAUCAUUGUUAACAGGAGUAGUCUCAGAAGAUUGGAAGUUAGCGAAUGUUGUGCCCAUUCACAAGAAAGGUAGCAGGGAGGAGUCGGGCAACUAUAGGCCAGUAAGCCUUACUUCAGUAGUUGGGAAAGUGAUGGAAACCAUGUUAAAGGAUAGGAUUGUUGAACAUGUAAAAUCACAUGGAUUUCAAGAUCAGAGACAACAUGGGUUUACUUCAGGGAGAUCAUGCCAAACUAAUCUUAUUGAUUUUUUGAUUGGGUAACUAAAAUAAUAGAUCAGGGUGGUGCAGUAGACAUUGCUUACCUAGAUUUCAGUAAGGCUUUUGACACCGUUCUACAUAGAAGGCUCAUCAAUAAACUGCAAUAUUUAAGUUUGGAUUCCAAUAUUUUUGAAUGGGUUAGGCAGUGGCAAAAUGACAGGCAACAGAGGGUUGUAGUCAACGGAGUAUAUUCGAAGCAAGGUCUAGUUACCAGUGGGGUACCUCAGGGAUCUGUACUUGGACCCAUUCUCUUUAAUAUUUUUGUGAUGUUGCAGAAGGUCUUGAUGGUAAGGUAUGUCUUUUUGCCGAUGAUACUAAAAUUUGCAACAGGGUUGAUGUUCCAGGAGGAAUAAGCCGAAUGGAAAAUGGUUUAGAAAACAAUCAGAAAAAUGGUCAAAAAUGGUCAGAGCUGUGGCAACUGACAUUUAAUAUAGAUAAGUGCAAGGUAAUGCACCUUGGACGUAAAACCCCAAGGGCGGAGUAUAGGAUUUUUGAUACCCUCAACAACUGAGGGAAGGGAUUUAGGAGUAAUUAUUUCAGAUGACUUAAAGGAACACUAUAGUCACCUAAACAACUUCAGCUUAAUGAAGCAGUUUUAGUGUAUAGAUCAUGCCUCUUUUCACUGCUCAAAUCUUGGCCAUUUAGGAGUUCAAUCACUUUGUUUUUGUUUAUGCAGCCCUUGCCACACCUGAUUGACACAGCCUGCACACACACAAAAAAAAAAAACUGGUUUCACUUUCAUUCAGAUGUAAUUUACCUUAAACAAUUGUAUCUCUUUCUCUGUAAAUUGAACUUUAAUCACAUACAGGAGGCUCUUGCAGGGUCUUGCAAGCUAUUAACAUAGUAGGGGACAGGAAAAUCUAAAUGAAACAGAACUUGCAAUAAAGGAAGGAUAAACUUUAGAUGACUCUUUACAGGAAGUGUUUAGGGAGGCUGUGCAAGUCACAUGCAGGGAGGUGUGACUAGGGUUCAUAAACAAAGUGAUUUAACUCCUAAAUUGCCAAUAAUUGAGCAGUGAGACUGCAGGGGCAUGAUGUAUACACCAAAACCCCUUCAUUAAACUAAAGUUGUUUUGGUGACUAUAGUGUCCUUUUAAAGGUAGGCAGACAAUGUAAUAGAGCAGCUUAAAAUGCUAGCAGAAUGCUUGGUUGUAUAGGGAGAGGUAUUAGCAGUAGAAAGAGAGAAGUGCUCAUGCCAUUGCACAGAACACUGGUGAGACCUUACUUGGAGUAUUGUACACAGUACUGGAGACCAUAUCUCCAGAAGGAUAUUGAAACUCUAGAAAGUGUUCAGAGAAGGGCUACUAAACUGGUUCAUGGACUGCAGGAUAAAACUUACAAUGAAAGGUUAACGGAACUUAACAUGUAUAGCUUGGAGGAAAGACGAGGCGGGGGGAUAUGAUAGAAACAUUUAAAUACAUAAAGGGAAUUAACACAGUAGAGGAGGAGACUAUAUUUAAAAGAAGGAGAAUACUACAACAAGAGGACAUAGUCUUAAAUUAGAGGGGCAAAGGUUUAAAAAUAAUUUCAGGAAGUAUUACUUUACUGAAAGGGAAGUGGAUGCAUGGAAUAGCCUUCCAGCUGAAGUGGUAGAGGUUAACACAGUAAGGGAGUUUAAUCAUGCGUGGUAUAGGCAUAAGGCUAUCCUAGACUUAAGAUAAGGCCAGGGACUAAUGAAAGUAUUUUGAAAUAUUGGGCAGACUAGAUGGGCUGAAUGGUUUUUAUCUGCCGUCACAUUCUAUGUUUUUAUACUAGCUUAAGUUAACUACUUAGCUAGAUUAAGACCUUAAUCUAAGAAAAUUACAAUGACACUGUAUUCACUGUAUUUUAUCUCUUUGAAUUGGUUAGAGUGCAUGGAGUUCCCUAGAAAUGUCUCUCCAUUUAAUGUUAAACCACUUUAAAGCAGUUUAAUACUAAAUGAGAGUCCCUAGCCACCCACAGCCCGGCCCUUUCUGAAGGUGUGGCUGGGGCAGAGCUAACACACUUCCAUGUUGUUGUACACAUUCCUACAAUCAGUUGGACCUAUGAUAGACUAAAAGCAGUCAGCUGACACUCUCAGCCAAUCACAGCUGCCCAUUACUGCUUAGGCUAAUACUUCCUCAUUAUCCAAAGCAGCACAGAGAGGAUGGAAUGUCGGGGACUCUUGUUUUGCAUUAAAACAUAAAAACAUUAAAAACUGUUUAAUGCUGAAUGAAAUGACAGAACCAGGGAACUCCAGACACUAUAACCAGUUUAAUGAGAUGAAGUAGACACAGUGCCUACAGGGUUUCUUUAAGUAAUUCAAAGUGUCAAAAGAAGAGAAAACAAACGAAAGCCAAGGUGCCAAGUUGAUAAGUGACGAUACUCAUUACCACCUGCUGAGUGCACUCUUCUCAAGUCAGGCUUUGACUAAUAGACUCUAAUAGUAAUUUACUCUUCACGCUUUCAUUGUGUUAAGGUAUUAGUUUUUCUGAAUGGAACAAUUUGCUGGUCAGUACGGAAAGUGACUUGGAUAUAAAAUGGCAAGUUGGUAGAAUGGAAUGUUAUCUAAUUUCAGCUGCUCCGCAAGCUCCGCAAUCUAUCACGAAGAAAAGCUGUAAAGUUGAUGUGUUUGAGAGGCUGUCAGCUCCAAGGAGAAGGUGAGAAAUAAAACAUAGUGAAGCUUGAUGGAAAUCGCAUGUUGUCCGCACAUUGGUUGCGAAAUAAGUCCUCAAGUUGAACAGAAUAAAAAGAUUUAUUAGCAGUGAUAAGCAGAUCAGCCAGGUGGGGUUUUGGGCAUCAGUUGCAAUGCAAUAAAUUGUCUCGAAUUUCCUACAUAUAGUCCUGCUUGAAGCCAGGUACACACAACAGAUGAUGUGAUAGUUAAACUACAUAUAUUUAAGCAAGUUAUCUAACCAGGUUUGUUUCAGAUCAGCUCUUUGCAACUUUCAAUACUGAGAGGUUUAUUCACUAUUUCUUUAAAUGUAACUGUCACACGGAGAUUCUCCAAAACUAUUUAUUAAAUCUAACUAAUGUCCUUUCGGAGCUCUCACACACACACUAACAGAUACUAUAAAUUCUCUUGCUAACAAACACACACAGUGUUAUUCAGUAAAGUGAACAUUUUCAGGAAUGCAAAGUGAAUUAAAAAGUAAAUGUAAAUUUCAAGUGUAAGGCCAAAGUAACGAAACUGGAAGCAUCGCUGACUUGGAGAGUUUUUAUAUUUUUGCUUUUUUGGGCCUUAUUCACUAAUUCACUAUUCUCACUGUCAGAAAAAAAUCCGAACAGCAUAUGCUCCCAGAAGCUACAGAGUCAUUUAGACAUUUACAAACUCUCAAAGACGCACAAACACACAUUCCAAGAUAUAUUCCUAAUAAAUGUUAGUAUUAGAUAAAUUCAGAAAUUCAAAGACACACUCUGGCACUUAUACACACAUUUAGACUUUAUCAGAUACUACUAGACACAGUAAAACAUUAUAAGACACACUCAGACCUCUCUAGACACCAUGAAACAUUAUAAAACACACUCAGACAUUCCUAGACACAGUAAAACAUUAUAAGACACACUCAGUCAGACCUUCUUAGACACGGUAAAACAUUAUAAGACAGUCAGACAUUCCUUGUCACAUUAGAAAAUUAUAAGACACACUCAGACCUUACUGGACACAGUAAAACAUUAUAAGACACACUCAGACAUUCCUAGACACAGUAAAACAUUAUAAGACACACUCAGACAUUCCUAGAUACAGUAAAACAUUAUAAGACACACUCAGACUUUACUAGACACAGUAAAACAUUAUAAGACACACUCAAACCUUCUGUCAGGAUUAUAUUGAUCCAGCACACAGAAUAGUAUCACACCCUAGAACUAAAGGUCUUACCGGGCCUUAAAAUGGCCAGACUUAACGUACCCGAGAAUAGUCAGAAAGAUAGCCGAGGUCAGGGACACAGAACGAGACACAGCGAUAAAGAAAAGCCAAAGGUCAAGGGUACCAGAAAUCAGGGAAGUCAAAACGAAGCCAAAGUCCAAAACCAGAAAAAUACGACCAGGAACACACUCUGUGAUAACCAUCUAAGGGAAACAACGACAGGGCAAUGAGCUAAGGAAUAAGUGAGUUUAAAUAACCUUCCUGCAGAUCUAAUUGGCUGUAGCUAGCCCUUGACCCCAAAACAGGCGUGUGCAUCUUUUGUGUGAAGUCACCCGCACGUCGAUGUCAUCUUUACUGUGGACGGAUGUGGGGCUAGAUAAUUCCGUGGGUCUGCAGCAGCGGGCGUGCACUAACAUGCCGCAGAUGUCAGACAUCAUGGCAGAAGACCACCGAGGAGCACUCCUCUCGAUCUUCGGAAGGUAAUUAUAGGACACACUCAGACCUUCCUAUACCCAGUAAAACAUUAUAAGACACUGUAGCGGAGAGAUAUUAUUGCAUAGCCUAUCUCCACUUGUAGAUCCAAGUGAGGCUCAGGAACAGCAGUUACAAAUCCACAGGCAAAGUAUCUAGCAGGUAAAAUAAUCCAAUAGUAUCCCAACAGCACUCCCAAUAACUGGACGACACACAGUAUCAGGAGUAGAACUCCAAGCUUUAUUCCACAGUGGCCUUUUAAAGCAUGCUCCCAUGCAAGGGAGGGAUUACAUUCAUUAUGACAAUAGCCAAUCCUGUCCUGGUAACCUCCCACACAUCUCCUCCCCUCAGCCGGCAUCAUAAGCCCCUUAUCCAGUACAGCAAUUCCCCCUGUUUUUGGAUGUACCCCUAAACCUAGGGGUACCACUUUAAAUUAUGCUUCCCCUGGUAGCUCUGAUCUGGGUGAACAACAUAUCCAAAAAUCACCCAGAUCAGACCAGGGGUUCGGGAAUUUCAUGGAGGGAAUAAAAUCACUGACCGCACUGGAAGAACUAGCCGAAUUGGGCUCCAUGCGAUGGGGCCCUGCGGUCGGUCCUGGAAAAGGAGAAUAAAGUACCCGAAAGCCUCCAGCUAUAGAGGCUGGGGAGGGUUCGCCUGAAUCCCCUCGUUCGGUUGAUUAUGCCUACCGAACGAGGGGCCAUUCGGUAGUUUGGAACCGAACGGACCGGGCUGAUGGAGGUCUCAGUGGUGUUCGCCUAGUUGAGUGUCCGUUUUGAGUUCCAGACACUCGACGGCAAAACACCGCUGUUCGGGAGUUUAAAAUGGCUGCCGCCACGUGUUCGUUUCCCGAAUGGCGGCCACCCCCGAGAACAAAGAAUUGCUAAACAGCUUGUCAAUUACCCGUUCGCAACAAUAUUGCAACGGGUAAUUGAAGGCACACUUCACACCGGGGAGGUCUGAUUGUUCGGUAGUUUCAUUCCCUUAUUUGUUAGAAUGAUUCUACCAAACAAUCAGACGAAUACAUUACAUUACUGCAUAUACAUUUAGCAAAUAGACGAAUACAGGGUAAAAAUAAUACAAGUCCCAGGACAGCUUAUGGCCAUCCACUAGAGACACACUCAGAAAUUCUGAGACACAGUAGAACUUAUAAGACACACUCAGACAUUCCUAGACACAGUAAAACAUUAUAAGACUCACCAAACACAUUCAGACACUUACAGGGUUAUUAACUAAAGCACUGCCAGCAGGCAAAUAGUACAUACAUUUAUCAUUCACUUACAAAAAGCAAGUGAAUGAUCAGUUGAUAAUGUGCCUCCUACUGGACACAUUUGGUUCAGAAUGUUUGUAAAACCAGUGCUUUGUGCAUAUUUUCAUUCCUAUACUUGGAUAGGAUUUGCAUGUGACAGCACUGAUUUUAAUCCAGACCCUGCAUGCAUCCAGAGGAUUGUCUCAGGCCGACAGAAUUCAGACCGUACAGUGGAACCUCGGAACUCGAACUUAAUCCAUUCCAGAAAGCUGUUCGAGUUCCGAUUUGUUCAAGAACCCAAUCAACAUUUCCCAUAAGAAUUAAUGAAAAAUAGAUGAACCCGUUCCAGACCCCCAUUACAGCAUUUUACAUCUAUAUGUAUGCAUUAAAAUGAAUUCUCAAAUGAUAUUCUUCCUCUUGUUCUCCUCUGUCCUGCCCCCCUGCAGCUUUACUCUCUGCUCCCCCUUGCUGGGACGAGUGGGGACCCUCAGAGUCACACUCAGUACAGCUACCCUUGGUUGAGGUUUCGGGGUCCUCCUCAGACAGGGUCUCUGACCCUGAAGAGGAUGGUAAUGAGGAGGUACCUGGGUCCAUGUCCUAGGAAAGUUUGUCUUCCAUGGUGAGUUCACUGUCGGCUAGCCGCCGAGCACACUCAGGUAAUCCCAGUGAGAGCGGAGUGUGCACUCAUGGGCUCCCAGCUGGUCAGCUCCCACCCAGUGAGAUUGGGGGGGAUGUGGUGAAGGCUGGCUGGAGAGGUCACAUGGCCCCAGUGAGCACCUCUUUGAUGUUUGGGUAUCGAAUAAUUUUUUACUCAAAAUUUGUGUUCGACUUGCGAAUUGUUCGAGAAUGGGACUGUUCGAGUUCCGAGGUUCUACUGUAUUUUGCUUUAGUAAAUAUGAGAAUUGCCAUUGUGGUCAGAAUUUGGACAAAAUCUGGUGUUUAGCGAAUAGCCACCCUGCAGACAUUGUCACAGUAAUAAUCAGGCACUAUCAGAUACUUUUACUGACACUCUAUGAGAUUCACAACCACACUGUAAAAAUACAAAAAUACAUUAAAUCUGCUCCCAUGACACUUACGUACGUUAUCUCCCAAAAACACAAGUGUCUCACUACCUAUGAGUUGGCAGUAUUGGGGGUUUACCCUUCUUACAGCACCUUCUAGGUUAGUCUAACCUACCUAUCACAUAUACAUACGCUAUAUCUCUCCACUCCAUUUAGAUUUUAGAUCAGACCAGAAAUUGAAGCACAAAAUAAUUCACCUUUACAGUUGGUCAGUGUUAUUUUUUUUCAGAGUAUUUUAACCCCUUAAGGACCAGCAACAUUUCAUGGAAUCAUCACAAUCUAGUCCCUAAAGAGCAAAGGCCAGCUUGUUUAGUGUGUACACUGUAUAUAGCCCUCACACAGUAAAGUGAGAAAUCCCAUUGUGAUGUAUGAUCUUUAAACCGUUAAGGACACAGACAGUUAUUUAACUUCGGAACCAAAGCAAAACCUAGAGUUUGUGCUUGUUCCAUCACAAUUAAAGGGUUUCCCUUUAAGUGAAGUGGACAUGUAUUUUAUAUAUAUUAUAUUCAUAUUGUUUAUAAAGAAAAUGCUUCAUUUUAAUAUCCCAUAUAACUUACACAACAUUAAAUGACAGAGAACUGAGCAGUCAGACUGCACGGGCAUGAUUUAUACACCAAACCACUCCACUAAGCUAAAGUUGUGUUGGUGCUUAUAAUGUCCUUUUAAUAACAUAUCUUAUAUCUACCAUUCAUUUAGAUUUAUUAUAAUUAUUAACAGACAGGUAUAUGUAUAAUUAUCUCAAAUAAUAUCACGUUAUGCAUCACAUAAUACAUAUAAUUGUGUAUUAUACAAUGUAUGAUAUUUGUCGGUUUAUCACAGACUUCUCGACAUUUCUGAAACAAACUGAUUUUUUUUCCUGCUACCAGACAUAAUAUUAAUAAUAUUAAUAUAAAGGAAAAGAACUUUUCAAAUUCUUUCUUCCCAGUAGAAAUCAAAGUGUUUUACAGGUGAAUAACCAAGGAGGCCUUUAGAUGUAAUUAAUAAGGAUGCACAGAAUAGAGUAUAAUGAAUGAUAGAUGGAUGUUGAACUGUUAAUCCCCUUAUGUAAAACAGGCACUAAUUGAAUGCCAUCCAAAAUGAAUGAGUCUUGAUUUUAUUUUUAUUUUUUUAAAGGGUUCUAGAGGAAAGGGGUCUCUUUGCCUGUAUGAGAAACAUAGUUUCCAGUAGUUUGGGAAUACUAAGUGAGAAGCUUGCUGAUUAAAAAAUGAAAGAUAGAGUAAAAAAAAAAAAUAUAUAUAUAUAUAUAUAUAUAUAACAAAUUGUUUUGUAUAGCCUGGAAACUGUUUGCUGUGUAAAUUUAAUUAAAAUACCUUCAUAUAAGGGCCUGCGUUUUCAGCCAAUCUAGAUUCCUACUCAUUUAUCUAAGCGUAUCAGCUUGCCACGGCUUCAGAACUCUGCAUAUACAAUGCAUAGUGCUCCUUCAAACUUUAACUGGCUAAUACCAAAUUGCUUGCCUGGCAAUGUUCAAGGGUAAUUAGCUAAAAUGUAUGAAAACAGUUUAACAUACCUGGAGUCCGUCAGGUACCAGCCAACACUUUCUUUCGAAAUAUAAACUCCUACAAGGAGCUUCAGUUAACUCCAUUAAGCCCUGUGAUGCAGUGACAGAUCAUCAGUCUUCACCCUAAAACUAGCAAUGUGAGAGUAUUCUUGUUGCAAGUGAAUAUAAAUGUUUUCUAUUUUGUGCUUGUGCAUUGUGUACACACAGUCAAUGCACAUUGAGUACUACUGUCCCAUAUACAUAACAUUUUAAAGAUUAAUGUCUUAGAAAAUAAUGUGGAUUCCCAACAGUGCUCACUCUCUAGAGUCUACACUUCCCAAAUAUCUUCAUAACUACUACAACCUGCUUAGGCCAGGGUAGGAGAACCCUUUCCUUUUUACAACACUUUGUCCUAUCACCUGCGAGACCCAGGUGCCAGGUCUCCUCUGCAUCAAGCUUGCAAUAUCUGGUUUUGCGGAGCUGCAUAAACCUUAUGCCAAUAUCACCAGCCAUUCAUUAGCUGAAAGUGUCAACUGACUGUUCUCCGCCAAUGAAUGACAUUCUGUUCAUAGAACCAGUGGCGGAACUACCGCGGUGGCAGUGGUCGCAGCCGCGACCGGGCCCAUUACUCCAGGGGCCCUGCUGCCCUGUCGACCUCUGCAACCGGGGUGCUGGUAUUGUGAUGCGGCCCCAGACGCCCGGGAAAACAGCCGGGUCCGCAUUGAAGGGGCCCAUCCCGAUAGUAAUGGAUUUCUUGAGGCCCGGUCAGCGUUUUGGCACUUAAACCGUGUCCUGACGGGAGACCUGAGCAGUCGCAUGCACUAGCGGCUCCGUUCCCAAUCAACCUCAGAUGAGCAAUUAAGCCCGAAAAAAUCUAUAAAAACAACUAACCUGCAGAGAUGUCGCAACCCAAGGGAAAAAGGACCACUGACAGGUCAGAGAAAGCAAAUUUUUUUGCAUCCAGAGCAGGACAGCAAAAGACUCCAGAGACACAAGAGCAGGCCCAAGAUGGUGACGAUGACACUGUGGAACAUGUGGAGUUGAUGGCGGACCAAACAUCCACCCUAACACAGGGCACACUGAAAGCACUACUGGAGGAAAUGCCAAAUAAAAUACUCAGCAAACUUGACAUGGCAAUGAAGGACAUCCACAAAGAUUUACACGAGCUGGGCACAAGAACCUCGCAAAUGGAAGAUAAAAUGGCGGAAUAUGAAACAGCCCAUAAUACCAUGGCGAAUACUAUAGACGGCCUUAUCUUCAGAAUUGAAGAGCAGGACAUAAAGUUUGUGGACAUCGAGGACAGGGUCCGCAGGAAUAAUUUGUGCAUACGAGGUAUCACGGAAAGCGUAAGCACACCCGACCUUAUGGCCCAUGUUACAGGGCUCCUAAAAUGCCUCUUACCUGACUGGCCCCAGGAGAUGCUCCUGAUCGACAGGAUACACCGCACGGUAAAACCAAGCUUCCUAACACCUGAAACUCCACGGGAUGUGCUGCUCCGCAUGCAUUAUUUUCAUGCUAAAGAUGCAGCACUCAACGCUAACAAAACAAAGAAAACUAUGCCAGAGCCAUACAAGGGCAUAACGAUCUACGCAGACAUCUCUACCUACACGUUAAAACGCCAGAGAGAGUUUAAAGCUAUCACACAAUCACUGAGAGACAACCAUCUCCCAUACCGCUGGGGAUACCCGACAAAGCUCCUCAUAACCAAGAAAGAGAAAACAACAAUAGUGAAAUCACCGGAGGAAGGAUACAGACUCCUCAAAACCUGGGACAUCACCUUGCCAGACAGUUCACCCGAAAGAAGGAAUGCCACCAGACUCUCCCCGAACUGGAAAAAAGCAAAGAAAAAACAGAAAUGGUCACCCGCUCAACACUCACAAAUUAGAGACGCUCUCUGGAAGGAAAAGCUUAAGCUGGGAGAUGGCCAAGAUCGGGUAAAGUAAAAGAAAAAAAAAAAAGACAUGGACAAACAAAGGACUAAUAACUAGGCAAAAUAAGGGACAAUUAUAUUCAGACCUACAAGAGAAGAGGCCUGUCUAAAACUGUAUUAAAAAGGGGUAUUGCUGAGAGUCAUUACUGUAGGACUAGUUCACUAUAGUACAAGAUACAGAGAGACCGACAGGAGAACACCUGAGAUACGAAAGAUAAACCUAGGCCCUCCUGGCAAACUAAACACACAGAGACACUCUAAAUAACCACAAAAAUGCAGGUAAAUACUAACUAAAAAAAUAACAUAAGGCAUACAUAAGACACUACACGACCGCAGCAACUUAAAUGAGGUUAAGGGAAGGAGACGGUACAGGACGUGAAGGUUAGCUUCUACCCCAAGGCACGAAGACGCAGUGCCUAGCCAUACUUAUGGCAAUGUUAACCAAUGUAUAUACUUAUGUUAUAGUUGUUAAGUUUUAUUUGUUAUUUCCUUAUUGGGUUCAUUUAAAUAAUGCUUUCUAUGUACGUGGCAACAGCGACCACCAGGCAGUAGGGACCACACCAAGACAUCCAACACAGAGACAUAAUAUUGGUACACAAAGCACACAGGAGACCGAAGCUCCAAGCCCAGGAGACACCAUCACUCGACUUGAAAGGCUGGGGGAGAGUGAUGGCCGUAGUUAGAAUAGAACAGACAGAAUACUAUACAAUGAAGUACUAUAAAGAACCACCGUGAAGAUCUGUACUUAUAACGUAAGGGGGCUUAACAACCCCACAAAAAGACACCUACUUGGCAGGGAUCUCAAGUCAUUAGACAUAGAUAUAUUGUGUCUACAAGAGACACAUUUUAGGCACAAUGACCAGGUUCAAGUGGCAAAUUUUCCACACCAAUACCACUCAACCUCACCACACAAAUCCAAAGGGACUUCUAUACUCAUAACAAACACGUUAACUUCAUACCACACACCCAUGGCGAAGACAAAAAUGGCAGGUAUGUCAUGGUAACAGGAACAAUAAACGAUAUGUUAUACACGUUAGUAAGCAUAUAUGCACCUAACACCAACCAGAGGAAUUUUCUACACAGCGUACUAAACAAACUUCACAAACUACAACAAGGCAUAACGGUGAUAUGCAGGGAUUUCAAUCACAUACUGGACCCUAAAAUAGACACCACACUGCCACAACACCACCAUAGGCAUCGACCUCUAUCAAGACAGUGCAAAAGCAUACAAAAACUCCUCCAUGAACACCAUCUCUACGACACAUGGAGAAUUACAGACCCGGAGACCAAGUCAUUCACACACUUCUCCGCGGUUCACAACUCCUACUCCAGAAUAGAUAGAUUCCUCAUAUCAGGCCCACACUUGAACCAAAUACAGGCAUGUGAUAUACAACAAAUCACAUGGUCGGAUCACGCACCAGUAAUACUAAAUAUGAAAAAUGCAUACGACUUUAAACACCGCAGCCCAUGGAAACUGAAUAACUCACUAAUACAGGACAGAACCUUUACUAAAGACUUACUAAAGACCUACAAAACGACCUAGAGUCCUAUUUCGCGACAAACGACAAUGGGGAGGUAACACCAACGACAAUAUGGCAGGCACAUAAGUCGGUAAUUAGGGGUCUGUUGAUCAGAAGGGCAGCAUACAUCAAAAAAGUCACCCACACCAAACUUAGGGAAUGGAAAAAAGAACUAUAUGACCUUAACUCCCAAAACCAAAUGCAACGAACAGCAGAACUUAAACAACGAAUAAUGACCAUAUCCAGACUGAUACACCAACAGGCCCUAGAGCAAACACAGGCACACAUGACAAAACUAAAAAUAGCUCAUUACAUGCAGGGCAAUAAGGAGAGCAAACUACUAGCGAGCCACCUCAAAAAGAAACAAGCGAACCAAAAAAUAGCUCAUCUAAUGGACGGAAAGGGAAGGAAAAGCACUAAACCCAAAGACAUAAGCGAUGUAUUCGCCAAAUAUUACCAUAGCUUAUACAACUUGAAAGAGGAUAGUAACACUGCCAACCCCACAGAAUCGAGUAUCCAAGCCUACCUAGCACAGAUCACUUUACCAGAACUCACGACACAACAAAAAGCAGACCUGAUUAAACCCAUAGACGCACAAGAGAUUAUAGAUGUCAUUAAAACGUUACCUACCGGCAAAUCACCUGGACCGGACGGCCUAACAAACCAGUAUUACAGAACAUUCGACUCGACCCUAGCACCAUAUUUAGCCACGACUUUCAACUAUGCAAUAGCCACAAAAUCGCUCCCGAGAGCAAUGCUGCUAGCCCACAUAGUCACAUUACCGAAACCAAAUAAACCCACCACGGGUCCACAAAACUUCAGACCCAUAUCAUUACUAAACACUGAUGCAAAAUUUUUUGCGAAACUGUACACAAGGUGAUUAGGACAAAUCAUCCCAAAAAUAUACACAAUGAUCAGGUGGGAUUUGUAAAGGGAAGACAGGGAUCCGACAGCACAAGGAAAGUAUUAAACCUACUACAUAAACUCCAGACACAUGCACCGGGGGGCCUCUUCGUGUCCUUGGAUGCGGAGAAGGCCUUUGAUAGGCUGCACUGGGGUUUUCUCAAGGCAACAUUAACAAAAUUUGGGAUCCCAAAUGACUUUGUCGCAGUGGUUGAAACACUAUACAGCGCACCUGCGGCACAGGUCCUAAACUCAGGCUUCCUAUUGGAACCUUUCCAACUAACAAACGGCACCCGCCAGGGCUGCCCCUUGUCACCACUGAUUUACAUCCUGGCCUUGGAACCCUUACCUAGCAAAAUCAGAGCCAAUACAAACAUACAUGGCAUACAGAUAGGGAACAAUGAAUACAAAGCAGUGCUGUUUGCUGAUGAUGUGAUUCUGACACUCACACAACCACUUAUCUCACUACCCAACCUCCUUACUGAAAUCAACACAUACAGGGAACACUCUUACUACAAACUUAACCUCAAUAAAACGCAAGCUAUGGGGAUAGGAAUACCCACUAAAACACUGACACAAUUAAAAAACUGUUUCCAGCUUGAAUGGAGAGAGGAUUACCUCACAUUCCUGGGACUGAAGAUCCCCAAACACCCUGCGCAAUUAUUGGAACUAAACUAUGGCAGGUUAUUACGAGAGCUAGGGGACACAUUGAAAAGCUGGGAGAACAAAUUCCUGUCCUGGAUAGGAAGAAUAGUGGCCAUAAAGAUGAUGCUACUACCCAAGUACCAAUACUUAUUGCGCACACUACAGAUAUUCCUCCCAAACACCUACCUUAAUAAAUUACUACAGAUAAUCACACGAUUUGUAUGGGCGAACAGGAAAACCAGAGUAGCCACAAAACUCCUGUGCAAACCAAUGCAACAUGAGUGCUGGGACUCCCAUGUUGUACACUUGUACUACAGAGCCGCCAUCAUGCCGGUAGCCUUACAAACACACAAAACACAAACAACAGGGGAAAGACCACAAUGGGAAGAAAUAGAAUCUGCUGAAGGAUGCCACAGUGGCAUAAAGCACCUGUUUUGGGUACCACACAAAUUAAGACCAAAACCUCAAAAAAUACUCCUGACAACAGCACUCUUGUUAGACAUCUGGGACUCCACAACACGACAAUUUGGACACACUAACCAAUGGGCACAGCAGACACCGAUGCAGAGCCUAUCACUAGCGAACCCCACAUUAAACAUUCGCCCGUGGACACAAACUGGCUGCUCGAGAGUAGACCAACUAUUCUGUGAGGGUAAAAUAAAACAAUAUUCUGAUUUGCGACAGACAUACAACCUACCAAAUAGCACACUGUUCUCCUACCUACAAAUGAAAUCUCUGUUAGAGAACAACAUAAACAAAACCUCCCCCCAACCCCUAGAGCUACUGUAUAAAAUAUGCGAAACAGGCACCAUGCAAAAAAACUGCUAUCCUUACUAUACACAACUCUAAAUGAUAGUCCACGCAACGAUACACUAGACAAACUUAAAGAACACUGGCAAAAGGACAUACCCAAAUGGUUCACAGACACUCAAUGGCAGAAGGCACUUAUGGCACACAACGAAAGGUCAAGAUGUUCUUCACACGUAGAGUUAAUAAGGAAAAUCCAAUAUAGAUGGUAUAUGGUACCGAACCAGGUUAGAGAAAAUCUAUCCAAACACAUCGAAAUUAUGCUGGAGAUGCGGCGAAGAUUAAGGCAGUAUGUACCACAUAUGGUGGACAUGCCCAAAGAUAAAAAGAUACUGGGAGCUAGUGGAGAGACUUAUCAACAGUUCUUUACACACACAAAUUGCACUGCAGCCGGAGAAUGGGUUGCUUUUCAUGAUUCCAGACACUCUCAACAAAGCAUCUUAAUUAACAAAAAAAAAAAAUAUAUAUAUAUAUAUAUAUAUAUACUUACAAGUAAGGACAUACAAAAGGGUAACAAGACGACGAUACAGGAGUGGUACCAAAACCGUUAAGAAGGCCUUGAAUAGCUGACAGUGUUUAAACUCUGCUUUGUUGUCGCAUGUUGAUGGGAACACAAGAGGUUGAGAUACCAGUGGUCAAACUUGCCCUACCGCAAGCUGUUUAAGAUAACUGUUUAAGAUAACAUGUUAAGUAAUAUAUGAAUUGUACAAGGUUUUCAUGAACCCAGAGGCUUCCCCCCCCCCCUUUCUUUCUUUCUGUAUCCCUGUUUUAUGUUUAUGUUUUCUGAGAAAAAACUCAAUGAAGCAUAAAUUGAAAAAAAAAAAAAGUGCACAACCGGGCUUCAGUGAUGACAUCAGAGCUGAGAGUAAGCAGUCACUUCCUCCCAGCUAACAGAGCAGCGUACGGGAGGAGAGGAGGAGAGUGGGAGCUCUGACUCCUAUCAGCAUGAGGCAGCCACUGGACCCCAGGGAAGUCACUACAUUUGUUUGUAACAGUUUAACAGUUUGCAUGUUUGUGUGUGUGUGUGUGUGUGUGUGUGUGAGAGAGAGAAUGUCUGUAUCAGUAUAGCUGUGUGUAUGUGUCUGUAUGUCUGUGUGUGUGUCUGUGUAUGUCUGAGUGUGUCUGUAUGUCUAUGUGUGGGUGUCUGUCUGCAUCUGAGUCUGUAUGUGCAUCUUUGUCUGCAUGUGUGUCUGUAUGUGUAUCUCUUCGUCUGUGUAUCUGUUUGUCUGCAUGGGUAUCUGUUUGUCUGUAUAUGUAUUUGAAUGUUUGCCAUUAAGUGUGUCUAUGUAUCUGCAUGUUUGUCUGUAAGUGUAUGUCUCAGUAUGUGUCUGUGUGUAUGUUUGUGUAUCUGUUUGUCUACAUAUGUGUCUGUAUAUGUAUCUGUUUUUCUGCAUGUGUAUCUGCAUGUGUGUCAGUGUGUGCACCUAUGUAUCUGUAUGUGUUUCACUGUUUAUAUCUGUAGAAGUGUCAUUCUGUGCGUCUGUGUAUUAGCAUGUGUGUCCAUUUAUGUAUCUGUAUGAGUUAUACAAAUGGAGGGGUGGGGGGGGAUGCUUGGGGGGGGACCCAGGGCACUUAUUGCACCAGGGCCCUGUGGUUUCUAGUUUCGCCUCUGCAUAGAACUAUAAACAGAAUUGACAUUAGCCAACCCAAAACUCUUCAUCUGGAUUGGCUAAUGACUCUCCAAUGACACUGUUGGAGGUGUAGUCACCACUUUAGCAGCAAAGGGGUUAAACUCAGUAUGUGCAGAAUUUCAUAGCAAAACACUGCACAUACAGACUCUGAGCAUCAAAACCAAUUUAAAUCAUUCAUAAUGGUUACAUAGUUACAUAGUUACAUAGCUGAAAAGAGACUUGUGUCCAUCAAGUUCAGCUUACCUCACAUUUGUUUUUUGCUGUUGGAGUCACCAAUUUUUUUUUCCUGUUUGUCUAUUUUGACUUAAACGUGUCCAUAACUCACAACAUCGUGAGCUAUGAGAUUGGGACAGGCAGGUGUGCCCUGAGGGGAUGCAUCGCUAUUGAUGAAACUUAUAUAACUAGUAAUGACCAUAAUGGCGACGACAAGCACACAAGGCUGACUGAUAGCCUCCAGGUCGGCCUCAAACAUAUAAGACUAUGCAGAGAGCACUGCUUCCAGAACAAGUGGACCUAAUGAAGCUCUGGGGAUGGUUCCCUUGUGUCCUGAGAUGCAGCAUCCCAUGGAACAAAAUGUGGAUGUGAAACAAGUUUCUAAAUAAAGACUCUCCUGUCAAAAAUGGACUGUGUGUGUUUGCCUCUAAAAUGCUGUAACAAUGUAACACCAUGUAAAAAUGUGUCCCACCUGCAUUGGCCUCUGCCCUCUCAUGUAAGAUUUCUAAAAAGCUCUUUGUUUGGAUGUGUUUUGUCCUGUAGGACUCCAUCACCCUGUCAUGCCAUAACCUGUGAUGCUUACAAGUUGGGAAUUUCAAACAAAGGGCAAAGAAAGAAAUUGGGACAUAGGACCACAAGUGUAUUUCCCAAGGACGUAACAGCACCCUGCCAUAUACUGAAAGCCAACUGAAAAAAAGGGAUUCGUGACUGAUGAUCAUUCAUUGUGUGCUGCAAAGUAAAUAAAUGUGAAUGCUAAAGCAGUAUUAUUUGAACCGGUUCUUUAGAUCUUCAGACCCACCGAUAUACUAGAAUUUUAUGAUGUCCUUGUUUUUUUGUAGUGCUAGUAAGUUGUGUCAAUGUUCUGUCUAAAUAGACUGUUUUGUCCAGUUGAGAAGAAAAAGGUCCAGGCACUCCAAAGCUCAAUAAGGCACAGUUAUUUGGAACAAAGUGAAUCCAGCAACGUUUCGACCCUACAAUAGGUUUUUGUCAAGCUUAACAAAUAUCCAUUGUAGGGUUGAAACGUUGCUGGGUUGAAAUCUGCAUUAUUAAGCUUUGGAGUGCCUGGACCUUUUUCUUCUCAAUUGGAUUAAACUAUUUGGGGUUUGGGCUAGCCACAGGCCUGGUUGCACCCCUUUUUUGCUCAUAUGAAUAAGUGCAGCUCCUUAUCUGUCUGUUGGUUUGUUGUAGACAACGGUUUGAGCAUUUUAAUUUUAUGGAUGUGGGUUGUUUUUUUUUUCUUCCUGUGUUAUUAUGUAACUAUCUCAGGUUUUAAUAGUAUCAAUAGAGACCAGAUUAAAUCUCCCAUGAUGCUUUGUCAUCCCAAAGGCAUUCUAGAGGCAUGCAAAGCAUCGUGUGAGUUGUAGUUCUACAACAUCUGGGGAUCUAUUUUUUGGUCACUCCUGAUUUACAGUAUUUACUUAUUUGGAAAUUUCACUGCUCAAGACAAUAAACCUAAAUGAAACAUAUCAG